CUUAUUCUAACCCUAAAAGUAAGGCCUAAAUUAACCCUGGAAAUUAUUGUAUUUUUUUUUUUUCUCCCUAGGUUUCAGCAAUCUGUACAUGGGGGAAAAAAAGACACUCUAAAUCGAACUCUCUAAUGUCCCAGUGCUGCAGUGAACACCCGCUCCCCCCCCGUGAGCUGAGUGGGACAGUGACUUUACCUACCUUGCAGGACCUAGCUCAGCCAGCAGCCUGCUCAGACCCAGGGUACCGAGAGAGGGGGAGCUCCGAUGAUAGCUGUGAGGGGCAGGUAACACAAGACCCGGAAUUGGAUGCUGAAUAUCGGGUAACAAUAAGCAGUAUCUCGGAGAUACCCUCUCUGCCAGUGAUAUCUGGUAACACUAACCCCGGCCAGGCAAACCUUCCCCUACUCGCCGCUGGGUGGCGCACUAGCCCGGUGCGGCCUUUUGCCCAUGCGCCAACACAUGACUCUCCGCCAGUUCCUGCUUGAUGGGAGAUAGUAGUAGGUAGGUGGACUUCUAAUGUCCAUUUUUCCAAAAAGCAUGUUUUGUGUAAUAGCAGGCGUGAUUGCGAGUAUAAUCCACUUCUGCACACAGAGCUCCUGGAGCUUAGCCAGGCAUAGCCUGAGGGUAGCUGCAUUGACCACCUGCGCACAGAGCUCCUGGAUCUUAGCCAGGCAUAGCCUGAGGGUAGCUGCAUUGACCACCUGUGCACAGAGCUCCUGGAGCUCAGCCAGGCAUAGCCUGGGGGUAGCUGCAUUGACCACCUGUGCACAGAGCUCCUGGAGCUCAGCCAGGCAUAGCCUGAGGGUAGCUGCAUUGACCACCUGCACACAGAGCUCCUGGAGCUCAACAAAGCAUAGCCUGAGGGUAGCUGCAUUGACCACCUGCCCACAGAGCUCCUGGAGCUCAGCCAGGCAUAGCCUGAGGGUAGCUGCAUUGACCACCUGCGCACAGAGCUCCUGGAGCUCAGCCAGGCAUAGCCUGAGGGUAGCUGCAUUGAUCACCUGCGCACAGAGCUCCUGGAGCUCAGCCAGGCAUAGCCUGGGGGUAGCUGCAUUGACCACCUGUGCACAGAGCUCCUGGAGCUCAACAAAGCAUAGCCUGAGGGUAGCUGCAUUGACCACCUGCGCACAGAGCUCCUGGAGCUCAGCCAGGCAUAGCCUGAGGGUAGCUGCAUUGACCACCUGCGCACAGAGCUCCUGGAGCUCAGCCAGGCAUAGCCUGGGGGAAGCUGCAUUGACCACCUGCGCACAGAGCUCCUGGAGCUCAGCCAGGCAUAGCCUGAGGGUAGCUGCAUUGACCACCUGCGCACAGAGCUCCUGGAGCUCAGCCAGGCAUAGCCUGGGGGAAGCUGCAUUGACCACCUGCGCACAGAGCUCCUGGAGCUCAGCCAGGCAUAGCCUGAGGGUAGCUGCAUUGACCACCUGCGCACAGAGCUCCUGGAGCUCAGCAAAGCAUAGCCUGAGGGUAGCUGCAUUGACCACCUGCACACAGAGCUCCUGGAGCUCAGCCAGGCAUAGCCUGGGGGUAGCUGCAUUGACCACCUGUGCACAGAGCUCCUGGAGCUCAACAAAGCAUAGCCUGAGGGUAGCUGCAUUGACCACCUGUGCACAGAGCUCCUGGAGCUCAGCAAAGCAUAGCCUGAGGGUAGCUGCAUUGACCACCUGCACACAGAGCUCCUGGAGCUCAGCCAGGGAUAUCCUGACAUAACACUGUAGGAUCAGGAAUACAUGUUUAUGUUCCUGACCUUAUAGUGAUCCUUUUAGGGGACAGCUUCAAAAGCUUGUCUUGCACUUAAUGACACAAGCAAUUUUUGCAUAUUUUGCGGUUUGCGUUCAACUGUAAUUUGCAUUUUACUACUUUAUUGCACCAACACAUAUUCAUUUUUUUUUUAACCCCUUAAGGACUGGACUGUUUUUCCUAUGUUGUACAUUUGCAAACAGGCCUCUUUUUAAACUUUUGUGGUGUUUGUGUUUAGCUGUAAUUUUCUGCUCUCUCAUUUACUGUUCCCAUACAAAUUAUAUAUUGUUUUUUUCAGGACAAAAAGGGCUUUCUUUACAUACCAUUAUUUAUAUAAUCUCAUGUCAUUUAAUAAAAAAAUAAAAUAAAAAAAUGAUGAAAAAUUGGAAAAAAUACAUGUUUUGUGACUUUUACUUGAAAAAUCUUUUACUCAUCUAUAAAAGCGAAUGAAAAAAACUGCUAAAUAGAUUAAAAAUUUUGUCCUGAGUUUAAAAAUACCCAGUGUUUACGUGCUUUUUUGCUUUCUUUUCCAAGUUAUAGGCUAUAGGUACAAGUAGGAUAUUGCGGUUUCAAAACAUACAUUUUUAAAAUGUAUCAAUAGUGACAUUGUAACACUAUUAUCUGUCAUAAAUCUCUGAAUAACACCCCACAUGUACAUAUUUUUUUUAAAGUAGACAACCCAGGGUAUUCAAUAUGGGGUAUGUCCAGUGUUUUUUAGUAUCCACUUAGUCGAAAACACUGACCAAAUUUAGCAUUCAUAUUUGUGUGUAAAAAACGAAAUUGAACGCUAAUUUUGGCCAGUGUUUGUGACUAAGUGGCUACUAAAAAAGACUGGACAAUACCCCAUUUGCAAUACUUUGGGUUGUCUUCUUUUGCAAAUGGUAUGCCAUCAUGGGGGUAAUUCUCAUUCCUGGGCUACCAUACGCUCUCAAAGGCAACGUAACCAACCUGGCCUUUUUCAAUGUAAAAAUAUUUGACCCAUAUAUUUGACCCUGUAACUUUCAAAAACGCUAAAAAACCUGUACCUGGAGGGUACUGUUACACUCGGGAGAUUUUGCUGAACACAAAUCUUCGUGUUUCAAAACAGGAAAACGUAUCACAAUAGUGAUAUCAUCAGUGAAAGUGCCGUUUGUGUGUGAAAAAGAAAAAAAGACGUCACUUUCACUGACAAUAUCAUCGCUGCAAUAUGUUUUGAAACACUAAUAUUUGUGUUGAGUGAAGUCUACAGAGUAAAACAGUACCCCACAUGUACAGGUUUUAGGGUGUCAUAGAAAUUUACAGGGUAAAAUAUAGUGCUAGCAAAUUAAAUUCUCUGGACUUUCGACCUCGGUUGGCAGGCAGGUACCUCAAAUUGCAAUCAAUAAAAUUACUUAAUUAUGUAAAAAUAUUACAUAAAUACGCACGUAGAAUUUAAAUAUAUAUGCAUAUUUAUAUGUUUGAAGUCUACGUGUAUAUUUAUGUAAUUUUGUAUAUGGACAUAUGUAUAUUUCGUAUUUUUAUUUAUAUAUACAUAGAUAUAUAUACAAUUUCAUUCUAAGUGUAUUUUGAUAGUAAUAUAUGUAUAUAUUACUAUCAAAAUACAGUUAUAAUAAAAUUUCAUAUAGAUAUAUUUUUUUAAAUUUUUUAUUUGUACAUGUUUUUAUUUAAUUUAAAUUACUUUGUAUUUUAUAAUAAUAUUUAUAUACAAUAUAUAGUUAUUAUAUAUAUUUUAUAUAUAUACGUGUGUAAUUUAAUUAUAAGUGUGUUUUUAUAUUAAUAUAAAAAUACACUUAGUAUGACAUUAUAUAUAUAUAUAUGUCUAUAUAUCAUAUAUCAUUUAAAAAAAAAUUUUUUUUAAAUUAACUUUAACUUUAAUUUUUUUUUUUUUAUGAUUUUACACCAGCAGGGAGAGACUGCCUGUCAGCACAGGCAGUCCCCCUGCAGGCAUACACAUGGACACCUAUUGUGACCACGUGAUCGCUCUGUUGAGCGAUCACAUGGUCCCAGGGGUCCUAAUCCGCCAUGGGGAGACUGUCUGGGCUGCAGGCAGUCUCCCCACAACAGGAGCAACACCGAUCGGCGCCGGGGGAACAACGGCGUUCGGGUAAGUACAUUGGACCGUUAGGACGGUUCAGGACCGUCACCGGUCGGCAACGCAAAAAUGCCGAUGACAGUCCUGAACCGUCCUCGGUCCUGAAGGGGUUAAAAGACAAAAAGGGCUUUAAUUUAAUGUAACAUAUUCAUAUAUAUGCUUAUUUAUUAUAAAAAGGGAAAAAUAUAUAUAUAUAUUUUUUUUUUUUUGGUUUACAGUUUUUGCAAUUAUUUGUGCAUAAUUAGUGCAGGUUAACCCCUUAAGGACUGAGCCAAAUGUACUCGUUGCGAUCAAAACAAAACGUAAACAAAAACUUGAAUUUGCGCUAUUUGUCUGUUCAGACGUAAUUUGCCUCUUUCAUAUUAUGUGCACCCACACUUUUUAUAUAUCAUUUUAUUCAGGGGAAACAGGGCUUUCAUUUAACUUAACAUAUUUAGGUAUGAAAUAUUAUUUAAUAUGAAUAAAAUAUAAAAAAAUGGGAGAAAAUAAUUUUAAAAAGGUUUUUAGUUCUACGUGACAUUUUAACUGUGAAUGUCAUAAUACUGUUUGCUUUUACUGCAAUAAAAUACACAUUUGUAUUCAUGUCUCACAUGUAAAACAAUACCCCCUAUGUACAGCUUUUAUGGUGUUUUGGGAAGUUACAGGGUCAAAUAUUGCAUGUUAAAUUUUUCAGUUUUUUUCACAUUGAAAUUCACCAGAUUGGUUACGUUGCCUUUGAGAGGAUAUGGUAGCUACUAGUGGCUACUAAAAAAGUCUUCAGAGUAAAACAGUACCCCCCAUGUAUAGGUUUUUAAACUGUUUUAAACUUAAAUUUUUUAUUUUUUUUUAAAGAAGGGGAAAGGGGAUUUGGAACCUUAUCUGACGCAAUUUAUUCUCUUCAGGGACACACAAUAACAACGAUCCAUCUCUCUCCACUUCAAAAACCCACAAGAGGUGGAUCUGAUAUCCCUGCAGCAUUAUGACUGCUGUGACUGGCUGGGACAUCGCGAUUUGCUGUUGCUGGUCUGCCACUGACUCGGAGGCACCCAGCAACAGUGUUAACCCCGCGAUCGCUGGCACCACGGCGAUCUGGGGUUCAUUUUAGCGCAUGACGGACCGUCAUCUGUCAUUAAGGGGUUAAGAGAGAGUAAAGGACAGGUAUGUGAGGUAGAGGCAGGGCCAGUGCAAGGAAUUUGGGGUACACAGGCCGAGAUGCAUUUUGGCCGCUCGCUACCCCCCAAUAAAUCUUCACCUGUGUGCCUCUUAACCCCCCUUUUGUGUCUCUUAGGCCCUCUUUUAAAUAUCUUACCCCCUUUAAUGUAUCUUAUCGCCUAUUCUUUCCCCAUUGUGUGUCUUACACCUUCCUUGUGUUUCUUACAACCCUCCUUGUGUGUCACUUAUCGUCCCUCUUUGUAUGACUCUUGCAUCCUCCCACAUUUUGUGUAUCUUACACCUCCAGUCUCCUUUUCUCCCAGCCCCUUUUGUCUUUUAUUCUUCCAAAACUCCUUUGUGUGUUUCUUUCACCCCCAGCCCAUCUGUCCCCCCCUCCAUCCUCUCUGUGUUACUUUUUCCCAUUCUCCAGCCUCUCUGUGUCUCUCUUUCACAUCCAGCCCCUCUGUGCUUCUCCCUCCCCAGGCCCUCUGUGUCCUUUUCACCCCAUCCCCAUGUGUAUCUCCCACUGCCCUUCAGUGUGUUCUUUUUUCAUCCCCAGCCCCUUUGUGUGUCUUUUUCACCUCUUCCCCCGUUUCUUUGUAAUCUCUUUCACUCUUCCCUUGUUCCUUUAGUGGUCUCUCCCCCGUCCCUUAGUUACAUAGCUAAAAAAGGGACUUGCAUCCAUCAAGUUCAGCCUUCCUUAUGGUCCCCCGUCCCUUAGUGGUGUUCUCUCCCCCUUACCCCGUCCCUUAGUGGUGUUCUCUCCCCCUCCUCCCUGUCCCUUAGUGGUCUCCCCCUCCCUCCUGUCCUUGCAAUUGGUCUCCCCCCCUCCUCCUGUCCCUUAGUGGUCUCCCCUCCUCCUGUCCUUUGGUGGUCUCCCCUCCUCCCUGUCCUUUGGGGGUCUCCCCUCCUCCUGUCCCUUAGUGGUCUCCCCUCCUCCUGUCCAUGGUGGGUCUCUAUCUCGUCGUCCUCCUCCUGUCCUUUGGUGGUCUCCCCCUCCUCCUGUCCCUUGGUGGUCUCCCCUCCUCCCUGUCCCUUAGUGGUCUCCCUGUCCCUUCAGUGGUCUCCCCCUCCCUCCUCCUGUCCCUUGGUGGUCUCCCCCCCUCCCCUCCUCCUGUCCAUGGUGGUCUCCCCCUCCUCCUGUCCUUGGUGGUCUCCCCCUCCUCCUGUCCUUAGUGGUCUCCCCUCCUUCCUCUCCCCUUGGUGGUUUCCCCUCCUCCUGUCCCUUAUCGGUCUUCCCCUCUUCCUCCUGUCCUUGCUCCGGUCUUCCUCCUUGUCCCUUGCUCGGUCUUCCCCCUCUUUCUCCUUGUCCAUAUCGGUCUUCCCCCUCUUCCUCCUUGUCCCUUAUCGUCUUCCCCCUCUUCCUCCCUGUCCCUUAUCGGUCUUCCCCCUCUUCCUCCCUGUCCCUUAUCGGUCUUCCCCCUCUUCCUCCCUGUCCCUUAUCGGUUUCCUCUGUCCCUUAGUGGUCUCAUCCACCCCCUCUUAGUGUCUUCCUCUCCCACUCUUCUCUGUCCUUUAAUGAUUUCCUUUCCCCUCCCUUCCCUGUUCCUUAUUAUUCCUCUUCCUUUUUCUGUCCCUUAGUGGUCCUCUCCCUUCCCUGUCCGUUAGUAGUCCUUCCCUCCUCCCUUCCCUGUCCCUCAGUGGCCCUCUCCUUUCCCUUCCUUAUCCCUUAGUGUUCCCCUUUCUCUCUGAUCCCUUAGUGUUACCCUUUUCCUUCCAAGGGAGUAUGAGUAUAGCUGUCCCCUCCACAAAUACGAGACGAGUCUCUAUGUUGAGGGUGAAGAGGAACUGAUUUUAAUGAUGCCACACUUGGUCUUAAAUGACAAUUCCCAUGCAAGGGGUACUCCCACAUGUACCUUGUGGGGAACUACGGUACAAAGUCACAGACCAAUAAUAACAUUGUUACAAUGCAUGAUACUCCCACACAUAGCAGACAAUCCCUUCCCUCUGCCAGGGAGAUAAUUGAGUCAGAUACUGUAUUAAGUCAAUUGUAUCCAAUUUUAUAUACCACAAUUUUAUAAAACCCCAAAACACAUAAUAUCCCCACAAAUGUUACAUCCCCUGAUAGCCCUAAUCUGGGUGACCAACAUAUCCACAAAUCACCCAGAUCAGGGGUUCAGGAAUUCUAUGGAAGUUCUAUUUUGACCAACCACACGCAUGGUCCCAUACCCCAAAAAGUUCCAGAGAAUCAGGCUGUGCAGUCGGUCUACUUCGGAGAUUCGAAGUAAAAUACCGAACGUAUAGCUUCGGGAGUAGUCUCAGUUUAUGUCUCUCAUUCGGGAGUUUUUUCUUACUAAACGCAGUUCGACUCCCGUUCGAAUAGCCGAACAUCCGUGGAAGGUAAGUAGUUAGCGGUGUGCGUGCCGUCGAGUGUCCGAUUUGAGUUCCAUUUACUCGACGACCAAACACAGCUCAUUGUGCUCGCGGCUUAAAAUGUCCGCCGCCAUGUGUUCGAAGUGCCACUUCGACCGUUCGAGAGUUCAAAGUGUUACUGUUACAAGUCCAAAAAGCAUAAACAGUGGUUUCAACCAGGGUUCAUUACAGGUGCCAUAGUCACAGGGUAGUAGGCUGGCAAACAGGCCCCUCCAAGAACCAGUGGCGAGGUUACAAAACCUUCCCUUCCCUGUCUCUUAGUUUUCCCCUCCCUUCCCUGUCUCUUAGUGUUCCCCUCCCUUCCCUGUCUCUUAGUGUUCCCCUCCCUUCCCUGUCUCUUAGUGUUCCCCUCCCUUCCCUGUCUCUUAGUGUUCCCCUCCCUUCCCUGUCUCUUAGUGUUCCCCUCCCUCCCCUGUCCCUUAGUGUUCCCCUCCCUUCACUGUCCCUUAGUGUUCCCCUUCCCUUCCCUGUCCCUUAGUGUUCCCCUUCCCUUCCCUGUCCCUUAGUGUUCCUUCCCCCCUCCCUUCCCUGUCCCUUAGUGGUCAUCCCUCCCCUCCCUUCUCAGUCCCUUUGUGGUCCCCCUCCCCUACCUUCUCUUUCCUUUAGUGGUCGUGGUCCUCUCCCUUCCCUGUCCCUUAGUGUUCCUGUCCCUCCCUUCGAUGUCCCUUAGUGUUCCUCUCCCACCCUUCGAUGUCCCUUAGUGUUCCUCUCCCACCCUUCGAUGUCCCUUAGUGUUCUUCUCCCUCCCUUCGAUGUCCCUCAGUGUUCCUCUCCCUCCCUUCGAUGUCCCUCAGUGUUCCUCUCCCUCCUUUCCCUGUCCCUCAGUGUUCCUCUCGCUCCUUUCCCUGUCCCUCAGUGUUCCUCUCGCUCCUUUCCCUGUCCCUCAGUGUUUCUCUCGCUCCUUUCCCUGUCCCUCAGUGUUCCUCUCGCUCCUUUCCCUGUCCCUCACUGUUCCUCUCGCUCUUUUCCCUGUCCAUUAGUUUUCCUCUCGCUCCUUUCCCUGUCCCUUAGUGUUCCGUUUCCUCCCUCCCUUCCCUGUCCCUUAGUGUUCCUCCCCCUCUUCCUUCCCUGUCCCUUAGUGGUCUUUCCCCCUCUUCCUUCCCUGUCCCUUAGUGGUCUCCCCCCCCUCCCAUCCCUGUCCCUUAGUAGUCUCUCCCUUCCCUGUCCUUUAGUGUUCCCCUCCCUUCCCUGUCCUUUAGUGUUCCCCUCCCUACCCUGUCUUUUAGUGUUCCCCUCCCUUCCCUGUCCUUUAGUGUUCCCCUCCCUUCCCUGUCCUUUAGUGUUCCCCUCCCUUCCCUGUCCUUUAGUGUUCCCCUCCCUUCCCUGUCCCUUAGUGUUCCCCUUUCUUCCCUGUCCCUUAGUGUUCCCCUUUCUUCCCUGUCCCUUAGUGAUCCUCCCCCCCCCUUCCCUGUCCCAGCGGUGGUCUCCCCCCUCCCUUCCUGUCCCGCCCAGUGGUUCUCCCCCCCACUCCCUUCCUGACCGCCAGGCGGGUCCUCCCCAUUUCCCUUCCUGUCCCUUGGUGAUUUUUCCCGCUCCAUGACCAUGGUGUGGUCCCCCCCACUCCAGCUGCCAUGCAUUCCUCCCACCCCACUCCUUUCCUGUGCCUUGUUGGUCCUCCCCGCUCCCUUCCUGUUCCAUGGUUCACUCCCCUCCUUCUCUGUCCAUUAGUGGUCAUCCCCACUCUCCCUUCCCUGUCCUUUGGUCUUCCUCUUCCCCUCCCUCACUGUCCCUUGGUGUUCCUCUCCCCCCUCCCUGUCCCAUGGUGUUCCUCCCCCCCCUCCCCUCCCUGUCCCAUAGUGUUCCUCUCCCCCUCCCGUCCCUGUCCCUUAGUGUUCCUAUCCCACUCCCGUCCCUUAGUGGUCUCCCCCUCCCUUCCCCCCUUCCCUGUCCUUUAGUGCUCCCCUUUAUUCCCUGUCCUUUAGUGUUCCCCUCCCUUCCCUGUCCUUUAGUGUUCCCCUCCCUUCCCUGUCCCUUAGUGUUCCCCUCCCUUCCCUGUCCCUUAGUGUUCCCCUUUCUUCCCUGUCCCUUAGUGUUCCCCUUUCUUCCCUGUCCCUUAGUGAUCCUCCCCCCCUCCCUUCCCUUUCCUUAAGUGGUCCCCCCCCUUUCCCUGUCCCUUUGUGUUUUUCUGCCCUCCCUGUCUUUGUGUGUCCCCCCUCCGUUUAGUGGUCCCUCCCCUCCCCUCCCUCCCUGGUAUGCCUCCUACCUCUGUUGUAGCGUGGCUGAGCAGAGCAGACUGCAGUACAGAAGCUUCAGUUUUCGGGAUGGGUACAGGAAAUAGAAGCUCCUGUACCGUGGUUUGCUCUGCUGCGCUUAUCCAUGCUUCACUGAGUGACUGCUAGGAGGGAGUGCUGUGCGCUUCCCUCCUGCUGGUCACUCGAAUCUUGCGCCCCCAGAGCUGGUGAGCCCUAAGGCGGCCGCGACACGUUUGCCUGGGUAGAGGUUAUUCUGGGAGGCCCAAACCUCUCCAGAAGAGAUGGGUUUUAAAGCACUUUUUAAAUGAUUGAAGACUAGUGGAAAGUCUCAUGGUGGUAGCUAGGCUAUUCCAAAGGAAAGGUCAUGGGCAGAGCGGAGAGACCGAGAAGGGGCACAUUUAUAGAUCAGUGAAGAGAUAUGAGGGGUAGAAUUGUUCAGUGCUUUAUAGGUAUGGAUGAGUAAUUUUAAUUGACUCUUAUAGGAUACAGGAAGCCAAUGUAUGGACUGAGAGAGGGAUGAGGUGUGAGAGGAGCAACUGGAGAGGACAAUCAGUCUGGCGGCAGAAUUCACUACAGACUGUAGUGGGGCAAUACGGCUUCUGGGAAGACCAAUUAAGAGAGGGUUACAAUAAUCCACACGAGAGACAUUGGCACGGUAACAAAGUAUAGCUUCCCCUGUGUGUGUACAGAGCUAUAGAAAGGAAUACUCAGUGGCUAUAUUUAUUAGCAGAUGCACACGGUGUAUGUGAGUGAGCCUGGAACAUUGUGAGAUUAUGGUGACAACGUGGAAAUGCUGCUGAGGUUUUGUUGCCUGUGCUGAGAUUAGCUGCAUUAAACAUAUCUUUGGCAUUUUCUGGGUUGAGGGAAUGGGUACUUGUCACUAGGAAAGUAUGUUAAAGGGGAUUUACUACAUUCCUUUAAACUGGGAAGGGAGAGAACAGAAGUUCUGUCCAAAACCCCCACUAGAGUUGAGCGAACCCGGUCUGUAAAGUUCGGGUUCGUACCGAACAUUACGGUUUUUGGACCCUGGACCCGAACACGGACAUAUCACUGUAUGUUCGGGUUGGAGUUCGGUGUUAGGCGAUUUAAUGGCGCGUUUUCAAAGGCUGCAGGGCAACCAAUCAACAAGCGUUUGACUCGUGUGCCCUUAGAAGCCAUCACAGCCAUGCCUACUAAUGGCAUGGCUGUGAUUGGCCAGUGCAGCAUGUGACGCAGCCUCUAUAUAUAAGCUGGAGUCGCGUAUCGCCGCACGCACAUGAGCUCUUAUUAGUGUAGGGAGAGGAUGCUGCAGCUGUGAGGGACAGCUUAGGAAAAAAUUCUGCAAGCUAGUACAGUAGUGGGGUGCACUUCAUAUCUGAGAGUCAAAUAGAAGCUUCAAAUACCGCGGUUACAUCGGAGUUUUAAAAAGUCAAUUUUUUUUUGGUGCUAAAUAGUACAUUAGUGGGAUAGUACAUUAGUAGAGUGCACUUCAUAUCUGAGAGUCAAAUAGAAUCGUCAAAUACUGCUGUCACAUUGCAGUUUUAAAACUUAAAAUGUUUUGGGUGCUAAAAAGUACAUUACUGGGGUGCACUUCAUAUCUGAGAGUCAAAUAGAAGCGUCACAUUGCAGUUUUAAAACUUGCAAAUUUUUUGGGUGCUAAACUGCUAAAUAGUAUUUUAGUGGGGUGCACUUCAUAUCUGAGAGUCAAAUCUAAUAGUGCGCUUACAGCGCAGUGGUAAACAUUCUAAUUGUUUUGCUGCUAAUCUGCUAAAUAGUACAUUUUGGGGCCUGCUCUUCAUGUUUGAGAGUCAAAUAGAAUGUUUACAACUGCGCCAUAAGCGCACUAAUUGUUUUGCUGCUAAACUGCUAAAUAGUACAUUUUGGGGCCUGCUAUUCAUAUCUGAGUCAAAUAGUGCGCUUACAGCGCAGUUGUAAACAUUUUAAUUGUUUUGCUGCUAAACUGGUAAAUAGUACAUUUGCGGCCUGCGGUGCACUUCAUAUCUGAGAGUCAAAUAGAAGCAUCUAAUAGUGUGCUUACAGCGCACUGGUAAACAUUCUAAUUGUUUUGCUGCUAAUCUGCUAAAUAGUACAUUUUGGGUCGUGCACUUCAUAUCUGAGAGUCAAAUAGAAGCUUCUAAUAGUGUGCUUACAGCGCACUGGUAAACAUUCUAAUUGUUUUGCUGCUAAUCUGCUAAAUAGUACAUUUUGGGUCGUGCACUUCAUAUCUGAGAGUCAAAUAGAAGUGUCAAAUAGUGCGCUUACUGCGCAGUUGUAAACAUUCUAAUUGUUUUGCGGCUUAUCUGCUGCUUACAUUGGAGUUUUAAAAAGUCAAAAAAAAAAUUUGGGUGCUAAAUAGUGUAUUUGGGGUGUGAACUUCAUAUCUGACAGUCAAAUAGAAGCGUCAAAUAGUGCGCUUACUGCACAGUUAUAAACAUUAUAAUUGUUUUGCUGCUAAUCUGCUAAAUAGUACAUUUUGGGGCCUGCUCUUCAUAUCUGAGAGUCAAAUAGAAGCAUCUACUAGUGCGCUUACAGCAUAGUGGUAAACAUUCUAAUUGUUUUGCUGCUAAUCUGCUAAAUAGUACAUUUUGGGGCCUGCACUUCAUAUAUGAGAGUCAUAUAGAAGCGUCUAAUAGUGUGCUUACAGCGCAGUUGUAAACAUUCUAAUAGUUUUGCUGCUAAUCUGCUAAAUAGUACAUUUUGGGGUGUGCACUUCAUAUCUGAGAGUCAAAUAGAAGCGUCUAAUAGUGUGCUUAAAGCGCAGCUGUAAAACAUCUAAUUUUCUGGGUGCUAAUCUGCUAAAUAGUAUAUUUUGGGUCGUGCACUUCAUAUCUGAGAGUCAAAUAGAAGCAUCUAAUAGUGUUCCUACAGUGCAGUGGUAAACAUUCUUAUUUUGUGGGUGCUAAUCUGCUAAAUAGUACAUUUUGGGUGUGCACUUCAUAUCUGAGAGUCAAAUAGAUGCAUCUAAUAGUGCGCUUGCAGCGCAGUUGUAAACAUUCUAAUUGUUUUGCUGCUAAUCUGCUAAAUAGUACAUUUUGGGUCGUGCACUUCAUAUCUGAGAGUCAAAUAGAAGCUUCUAAUAGUGUGCUUACAGCGCACUGGUAAACAUUCUAAUUGUUUUGCUGCUAAUCUGCUAAAUAGUACAUUUUGGGUCGUGCACUUCAUAUCUGAGAGUCAAAUAGAAGUGUCAAAUAGUGCGCUUACUGCGCAGUUGUAAACAUUCUAAUUGUUUUGCGGCUUAUCUGCUGCUUACAUUGGAGUUUUAAAAAGUCAAAAAAAAAAUUUGGGUGCUAAAUAGUGUAUUUGGGGUGUGAACUUCAUAUCUGACAGUCAAAUAGAAGCGUCAAAUAGUGCGCUUACUGCACAGUUAUAAACAUUAUAAUUGUUUUGCUGCUAAUCUGCUAAAUAGUACAUUUUGGGGCCUGCUCUUCAUAUCUGAGAGUCAAAUAGAAGCAUCUACUAGUGCGCUUACAGCAUAGUGGUAAACAUUCUAAUUGUUUUGCUGCUAAUCUGCUAAAUAAUACAUUUUGGGGCCUGCACUUCAUAUAUGAGAGUCAUAUAGAAGCGUCUAAUAGUGUGCUUACAGCGCAGUUGUAAACAUUCUAAUAGUUUUGCUGCUAAUCUGCUAAAUAGUACAUUUUGGGGUGUGCACUUCAUAUCUGAGAGUCAAAUAGAAGCGUCUAAUAGUGUGCUUACAGCGCAGCUGUAAAACAUCUAAUUUUCUGGGUGCUAAUCUGCUAAAUAGUAUAUUUUGGGUCGUGCACUUCAUAUCUGAGAGUCAAAUAGAAGCAUCUAAUAGUGUUCCUACAGUGCAGUGGUAAACAUUCUUAUUUUGUGGGUGCUAAUCUGCUAAAUAGUACAUUUUGGGUGUUCACUUCAUAUCUGAGAGUCAAAUAGAUGCAUCUAAUAGUGCGCUUGCAGCGCAGUUGUAAACAUUCUAAUUGUUUUGCUGCUAAUCUGCUAAAUAGUACAUUUUGGGGCCUGCUCUUCAUAUCUGAGAGUCAAAUAGAAGCGUCUAAUAUUGUGCUUACAGCGCAGCUGUAAAACAUCGAAUUUUCUGGGUGCUAAUCUGCUAAAUAGUAUAUUUUGGGUCGUGCACUUCAUAUCUGAGAGUCAAAUAGAAGCGUCUAAUAGUGCGCUUACAGUGCAGUGGUAAACAUUCUAAUUGUUUUGCUAAAUAGUACAUUUGCGGCCUGCGGUGCACUUCAUAUCUGAGAGUCAAAUAGAAGCGUCAAAUAGUGCGCAUACUGCGCAGAUGUAAACAUCCUAAUUGUAUGGCUGCUUACAUUGGAGUCUUAAAAAGUACAUUUUUUAUUUUUUAUUUUUUUUGGUGCUAAAUAGUAUAUUUGGGGUGUGCACUUCAUAUCUGAGAGUCAAAUCGAAGCAUAACUUUGAUCUGAAUUUACUACAUCGGUCACUUGUAAUAUUGUUUCACACCUACAACACUUGUUACACAGAUCUAAGUGAUAGAAAACAGAUUGAUAUUUUCUACACUAGAAACUACCAGAUAACAAGUUGCUAUAUUUAAACCAGUUAAUAAUAGCUAAGAGGUACUUAAAUAAUAUUGUAAUUCUGGGGCAAUACCCUUACAAGUCAAACUGAGAGAUCAGUUUAUAGGGAAAACUGUUGCCUGAAUACAAUUCUAAAACAAUUUCCAUAUGUCCUUUGCAGACUUUACAUGGUGGAAAAACACAGGUGCCAACUGCUGUGGCUUUCUGCAGUGUGCAUACCGGCAAGGAGGGCAGGGUUGAGGAGUCGGUGGAAGAUGAUGUGGAAGAUGAUGUGGAAGAUGAUGUGGAGGAUGAUGAGGUCCUAGACCCCACAUGGAAUCCAGGUCAUGCGAGUGACAGUUUGGAGGAAGAGGCGCUAGUCGCACAGAGGCACCAGCACAGCAUAAGAGGGAGCAGGGUGCAAAAGCGUAGCGGCCGUCCUCUAGCGCUCGUUGGCAUGUAUUAGCUCGAGAAUUACCAGUUAUCCAAGUAAUACAUGUAGCGAUCAAAGGAUCCAUAAUAGAGUUGAGCGAACCCGAACUGCAAAGUUCGCGUUCGUACCAGAUUUAACGAUCCAUUCAUAGUUUCACUGUCAGGUGGGCAGUCCGGUGACCAGGACCCAGACACUGUCUGGGCGGCGGUCGGACAGCCGGGACCCAGUAUGCCUGAUGUUGAAGUUAGGAGUCACAGUGUGGAAUGGAUUAGCAGGGUCUGGUGCAGGGUAACCGCAUGUCCCCUGGUGUUGAGCACCAGCAUUUGUGCGGCCACAUACAAGGUCCCUGAUGCAGCUUCAGUAAAAAGAGUACUGGAUACCAGAAGCCAUCACCAGACUGAUCCGCAACUUGGAACAGGAUGUGACAUUCACUGUAGCGGCGGUGUGCGCUUUUGGCGUUCUCACCCUGCUGCUGCUCGCCUGUCUGCGCUGCAGUGUAACUUCGGCCUUCCCGCUCACCGCCUCAUGAGUCUGUGCGAGCAGCAGCAGGCGAUAGUGGAGUUUCAGCUGCAGCAUGCACGUGUCAGUGUCUCUGCACCAGACUUCCCUCCAAUUGAUCAGAGUUAAAGGAUUUCAAGUGAACUCAUUACAAUUAAAGGGCCUCUAAAGAGUCCUGUAUUGUUAUUUGUCAUCACUACCUUCCCGCGUCGGGAGUGGGUCAUUUGCGCGCCUGCUGCCUUCCUUGCAUGUGGUAGCCGUUUCUCAGGGUCCCUGUACGGAAUGGAACCCUGAUUCCUCGUUACCCGUGGUCACCAUGGUAGGCGCAGAAACUGGCAUCGAAAGUUGAUAUGGAUGACAUCCGAAUGCAAAGUCGCCAUCACGGGGAUGUGCGAUUGGCCCGAGUUGUUGGCUACCUUCCCCUCCACCGCUGCUUCCACCUACACCGCCACGGUCACCGCCUCCUCAACCUACGGGUCACUUAGUAUAAACUAUGUACACAAUAGCAGAGGCUUGUGAAGGCCUUUUCUCCAUGCAUCAGGAGUUGAGCUCAGUUUGAACAAUGAAAGAGAAUACCCUGCACUCCAACCCUCUCUCAAAUGGAUAAUUAUGUUGAUCCUCCUGACAGCCAUGCUUUAAAUUUUGAUUUAUGUUCUUCCAAAGCUAAAAUCAAAGAUUCCAUCUAGUGCUAUUCUAUGGCUCAGCUGUAUUUUUAAUUUUUAGGUAUUUUAUGUUAUUUACUGUGAUUUCCCUAUCCACAUUUGUUUGCAGGGCACUUGUCCUACUCUUACCCCCAUUUUACUUCAUUUUGCAGCUCUCUAGCCCUUUCCAGGAGUUUUUAGAGGCAUUUUUGUGCCCAAAAGUUCGGGUCCCUAUUGACUUCAAUGGGGUUUGGGGUCAAGUUCGAGCCCGAACCUGGACUUUUUUUCAAACCCGCUGGACCCGAACAUCCAGGUGUCCGCUCAACUCUAACCCCCACCACUCUGUUUGAUCUGUAUGGUUUUGUUGUACAAUUAGGAGAUAAAACAAAAAAAUAAUUUCUACAAAAUAAAGAACUUUUCUAUUUGAAAUCCAAACAUAUGUAACUUGUGUGAUAAUUUAAUGUUCAUGCAUAUUGUAUAUUUCUGUAUUUGCAGAAGAAAACAAACCUAUAACCCUGCUUUUGAAGGGUCAUGAAAGUGAAUGUAUAUUUUAAUAUACUGAUAUCUAUUAUCAUGCAGAUAUGCCCAAGAGAGUGAUCACUAUUGCCGCCUUUAAGAUAGAUGCUACUAGAGAUGAAACCAAAUUCUCGAUGGGAUAGUACCAAAAUCUAAAGUGUGGAUUUUAGGGAUACUAGCACAUGCGUAGGUAUUAUUUUGUGUGAAUACUAAUGCACCGUAGAGGUUACACUUUAAAAAACUAAUUGUUCAUGUGAGUUCCUUUAAUAACAAAAUACUAAAAUAAUAGAUCAGGAUGGUGCAGUAGACAUUGCUUACCUAGAUUUCAGUAAGGCUUUUGGCACUGUUCCACAUAGAAGGCUUAUCAAUAAACUGCAAUAUUUAAGUUUGGAUUCCAAUAUUGUUGAAUGUGUAAGGCAGUGGCUGAGUGUCAGGCAACAGAGGGUUGUAGUCAAUGGAGUAUAUUCGAAACAUGGGCUUGUCACCAGUGGGGCACCUCAGGGAUCUGUACUUGGACCCAUUCUCUUUAAUAUUUUUAUUAGUGAUAUUGCAGAAGGCCUUGAUGGUAAGGUAUGUCUUUUUGCUGAUGAUACUAAGAUAUGUAACAGGGUUGAUGUUCCAGGACGGAUAAGCCAAAUGGCAAAUUAUUUGGGUAAACUAGAAAAAUGGUCAGAGUUGUGGCAGCUGACGAUUAAUGUGGAUAAGUGCAAGAUAAUGCAUCUUGGACGUAAAAACCCAAGGGCAGACUACAGAAUAUUUGAUAGUUCUAACCUCAACAUCUGAGGAAAAGGAUUUAGGGGUGAUUAUUUCUGAUGACUUAAAGGUAGGCAGACAAUGUAAUAGAGCAGCAGGAAAUGCUAGCCGAAUGCUUGGUUGUAUAGGGAGAGGUAUUAGCAGUAGAAAGAGGGAAGUGAUCAUGCCAUUGUACAGAACACUGGUGAGACCUCACUUGGAGUAUUGUACUCAGUACUGGAGACCGUAUCUCCAGAAGAAUAUUGAUACUUUAGAGAGAGUUCAGAGAAGGGCUACUAAACUGGUUCCUGGAUUUCAGGAUAGAACUUACAAGGAAAGGUUAAGGAUCUUAACAUGUAUAGCUUGGAGGAAAGAUGAGACAAGAAACAUUUAAAUACAUAAAGGGAAUCAACCCAGUAAAGGAGGAGACUAUAUUUAAAAGUAGAAAAGCUACCACAACAAGAGGACAGUCUUAAAUUAGAGGAGCAAAGGUUUAAAAAUAUCAGAAAGUAUUACUUUAAUGAGAGGGUAGUGGAUGCAUGGAAUAGCCUUGCAGCAGGAGUGGUAGAGGUUAACACAGUGAAGGAGUUUAAGCAUGCGUGGGAUAGGCAUAAGGCUAUCCUAGAUAUAACACAAGGCCAGGGACUAAUGAAAGUAUAGAUGGGCCAAAUGGUUCUUACAUGCCGUCACAUUCUAUUUUUCUAAUACAAUAACUACAAAAUCAACAUUGUUGUGACUAGAUUAGUAUUAAGGAACAAUGAUAAUUUUAUGUAUUCAACAUGUAAGAUUUGAGGGGGGUCAAACCACCUAAAUGGUGGGUUUAGCACUAUAGGGUCAGGAAUACAUGUUUGUGUUCCUGACCCUAAAUUGAUUCUUUAAGAUUGGAAGGGUGUCCAGAGCACUCUGUAGUGUAUUACAACUACAUAUUGAGCUGAAAUGUGCAACUUUCUAUUGAACUGUAUCCUCCAUUAUGUCCCAAUAUGGCUUGAAGGCAGUUAUUCAGCAACUUUUGUGGGUGAGAAUGCAAUUGUACGUUUAGACACUUGAUAAGUAUGAUUUUUAAGGACUUUGUAAAAAGGUCUGCAUUUGAUGCUUUUCCUAUUUUUUUUCCCACCCUCCUAAACAGCUAAUGGAAGAUGCCUGGAUGUCAGAAUAGAAAAUACAGCAUCUAGAGGAGUGGAUAAUUUAGAAUGGAUAUUGCUUCCUCGUCUAGGAGCAAGCGAUAUGGCUACAUUGAACUUGGUACUGGUAAAGCCAGUCUGAACAAGAUAAGUUGGUUUCUGUUGAAGUUCCUGAGUUCCCUAUUCCUGGUUGUUUGGUUCUGCGAGUUUUUGGUUUAUUACUUGGUUAUAAUGCAGUGUAAAUGGCCCAUUUUGAAGAGCACUCCUGAUCAGGAUAAUGCAUCUCCUCUGAAGGCUAUGUUUUUAUCUGACACACACCUGCUGGGAGCAAUCCGAGGUCACUGGUUUGACAAACUAAGAAGGUGAGAAUGUGACCUGCGAGUGGUUAUAAAAGUGACGUGAUCUAUGAUUUCUUUUAAAGGAGCUAAAUAGGAAAAUUGUUACCCAUUUCUACUAGAAUUUUCUUUUCCUAGCAAUUUCCAUGGCAUCACUGGGGGGUUAAAUUCUAAUUCAUCAGUCGGAACAGGAAGUAUCAAUUAACAAAUCUUAAUAAAUUCCCCUACUACUGUAGAAUCCUCAGCCUUAUCAUAAAGACUCCACUGAAGGGUGGGAAAUAAUUAGGAAAAGAAAAUUCCAGUAAGUAUGCGUAAGACUUUUCCUAUUUCCUGUCCUACAUUGCAGCAUCACAAAUAUGGAAGGAUACAUAAGUGUACUGCAAAGAUUAGGUGUAUUUGAAAUGUUAUUGUGAGGAUGUAGAGCAAGGGUGGGGAACCUUCGACCCCCCAGAUGUUUUGGACUACAUCUCCCUUAAUGCUUUUGGAAGCAUUAUGGUAAAUGUAGUAAAAAAAAUCUGGAGGGCUGAAGGUUCCCCACCUCUGAUGUAGAGGAUUGAACACUGGAGCCAAACUUAGACCCUUUAUCCUUUGGAAUGUCUAGACAGUAAUUUCUAGUGAAAGUAGAAUCUGAAGCAGCUCUGCAACUUUUUCCCGUGGGAAUAGAUGCCCAGGUCUAAUGAAUGAGGGGAUCUCCAAUCCUUACCCUGAGAGGGAUUUCUCAAUAGCCAACAAGAGCUAUUCUAUAAAUCAAACUCAACAGUAUGUUAUUCUGAAAAUCUAAUUAAACUCAAAUACAGAAUGUGAAAAUAAAGUAUAAUAGGAUAUUAAGCUUUGCAGAUCUCAAAGCCGUACGACGGUAUAUGAAGCUCCCCAGAUCUCAUUAGAUAGUCCAAGAAAACUCAAAUCUGUAUCUGGGUUCUGUCAAAUAAGAUACUUACGUAUAGGCAGCAGAGCCCUCUGUCCAUACCCAAAGAAUGAAAAUAAGUAUAUGUGGAUAUUCUGUACUUGAUAAUAGUAUAUAACCUCCAAACAAGAAACCACAACUCCAAGACACAGACCAAGAGAUUCCUUUGAACCGAUGUCCAUGCCUUUUAGAGUUCAGUCACCGCCACAUAUUUCAUUGCUAGUAUAUAAGUGUAGAAGAUAUGAUAGAAAGAAAAAAAACUGAGCCCAGCAUACACUAUUCCCAACAUUGGUCACUCAAAAAGAACAGACGUUCGGUUCCUCUAUACCUUACACUGGACAUAAAUUCUGUAAUACUGAAAAGUCACAUCUAGAACAUGCAGGUUCAUAAAAUGUAGAUCUGUAAUCAGCAGAUGGUCCCCACAGAUAGAGAUACAAAACAGGUGGAAAAAAUAUUUCUGUCAAAAUACUAAAAUGCAGUAUAAAUAAGUACUAUCCAUUAAAUGUAGAUAAUGUACAUAUGGUUAGGUCCAGAACUAUUUGGACACUGACCCAAUUUUCAGGAUUUUGGCUCUGCCCUCCACCACAAAGGCAAUGACUGCUUUAAGUCUUGAACACAUGGACGUCACAGAACACUAGGUUUCCUCCUUUGUGAUGCUUUUCCAGGCCUUUACUGCAGCUGUCUUCAGUUGUUGCUUACUUGUGGAUCUUACUGCCUUAAGUUCUAUCUUCAGCAAGUAAAAUGCAUGCUUAAUUGGCAGAAUAUUUCACUUCUCCUGGGUUUCUUCCUCAGUUUGUUUUGGGUCAUUGUCCAUCUGAAAUGUGAAGCACUGUCCAAUCAACUUUGUUGAAUUUGGCUGAAUCUGAGCAGACAUUAUUUACCUAUACACUUCAGAAUUCAUCUGGCUGCUUCUGUCUUCUGUCAUAUUAACUAUAAACAAAAAGAAGUCCUGUGCACAAACUCCCACUACUGGGCGGCAGAAACUACCAUAGCUCACAGCCCCAAUACAUAAAAAAAAAGUUAUCUGCGCACUAGCCCAAAUCCCUAUGUAUAUUUAAAUAAAUGUAGGUUAUUUAGUAACACCAAUGGCCAUUAGAUGUAAGCCCAACUGCUACGUCAGGACAAACCUCUUAGAUGUGUCCUACACUAACAAUUCACCUUGCUUCCUUGAGCUUCAGGCAAAUAAAUUUCUAAUGAGACAAAUAGGGGUAUUUUAUCACAUGACAGCAGGCUUCAUAUUUUGCAGUUUCAAUGCUGAAAAAAGAGAGAAAAAAAGGGUUCGAAGGAUAUCAGAAAUAGAAAGUCCAAAAAAUAGAUUCACGUGUCCAAUCCACCGUUCAUAGGAUGUUAGGGAGUUAGGUGCCCGCCAAAAGGUGGAGGAAGCUGCUGCUCCUCGCACCGAAUGUCUGUGGGUCUAUUCCUGCCAGGGAAAGGAGCCAAUUAACCCAUCUGGCCAGAGUCGUGGCUGAAACUGGACCAUAAGGCCGAACAUAAGAGAUGAGAUGUUGACGGGAGGAAGGAGACCACAACAUUGCAGUAGCCUCCAUAUAGCUUUGUCCAAAUAACACAAAGUUGAGGGUCCAAAGGGAAAAAAAUUAUAAAAAAACUGAUAAGUUGUCUAGUACGGCGGGAGACCUGAAAUGUAACCCCCCUCCUCGGGCAAAACACAAACGCUUUCAGCGUUGAAUGUCCGAAACCCGUUGAAAGGAGACCAAGCAGAGGAGAAAGGUAAACUUGGCAGUAAGUUUGCGUAAGGAUAGUCAAUCGCUAGGGGACAAAUCUCAUAAGAAUUGCAGAACAACACUAAUAUCCCAAAGUCCACAUAUUUAGGUCCUGGAGGACAACGCAUUCACAUGCCAUGAAGAAGACAAACAAGAGGGUCUUGACCUACUGGCAUCCCCAGUAGAGGAGGAACGUGAGCCGCCAAAAUGGCGGACCGUACCAUGUUAAUUGAACAAUACUAUUUCACAGGCACUAAAAGAAGAAAGGAAAUUUAGUAUAGAAGAAACGGGCAAUAAAGGGAUCAAGAUCCCGUCUGUAAAAUCUGGUUGGAACGAUGGGCAAUGUUAAAUCUUCUUAAUUUCUUCUUGUCUUCAGUUGAUUGCUAUAUAUAUAUAUAUAUAUAUAUAUAUAUAUAUAUAUAUAUAUAUAUAUAUAUAUAUAUAUAUAUAUAUAUACGUCUUUUGUAUAUAUAGUCUUGGGCCAAAUAUAAUGUUCGCCACAAUAAUAUAUGUCUAUAUUAUUGAAAAGUACUAAUACGCAAUCUGACUUACGGUUUCUUCAGGUUUAUUCUUACGGAUACAUAAUAAAACAACAAAUGAUGUUACAGGAUAAUGGACAUUCAACAGCAGAUGGUAAUUGCUGGACUUCUGAUGGGAGAGUUACAUCGUUGUACAGAGCCAAGCCAAGAGUGAGACCGACCUCGUGUCCCUCUGUUACUAUAUAGAUGUGCUAAUACUAACGUCAGCAUUUAACUCUAGCCAUAUAAGGACAAGACCCCCAAAUCCACAUUCCAGAGCUCUCGGACAAAGAAAGCCUUGUGACUUAGACCAUCUGUUACUUAUGUCAAUCCACACAUCCAUAUAUAAUCAAUAGAAACAUAGAAUAUGCAAUAUUCUACAUUCCCUCUCUUUAUGGUUUGUUUUAAAACCAUAACACAAUGUCACUAGCGUGUCCAUUCAUACAUCACUCGUAUCACAGUCAUUGAGCAUAGAACAAGAUGUAGUCACAACUUUCUAUUAUAUUAGAGUUCUUAGAAGGUCGAGAUUCUUUCCCUCAUACUGCUUACUUUACUUCAAAACUCACUCUGUUUCAGCUAUGUAUUGAUAUCCAUAUCCAUGUUACAUCAUAACUACUUGAAAAUUAUAUAUACAUAUAUAUCAAUAAUAAAUUAAUAAAAUAAAAUAUUUACAAAUGUUGAUCCAAUAAACAAUGUAAAGCAAUCAGAAAGAUCUACCUGCUCAGGUACAGUCAUGUCUUUGUAGACAACAGAAUCAAGAUGAUAACUUUCUAGAUAAUAACUGUGUAUGACUAUCAUAUUCCUACAGACAUAUAUAGUAUAGUAUUUUCAUUCUCAAUACCUGAUAUUACUUAAGUACUAAUAUAUGUAUUGCUUGUAUAUCCUGUCCAAUUAUAUUUCCAUGAAUCAUAUGGUUUCUAGCAACCUUAAAAUCUUUGUCAUUUGUAUUCAUGAAUUACAUUCCUAUACCAUUAAUACCACCUAGUGAUAAUUGUAUCAGUACUUUACAAUCAUAGUAUUUAAUUUGUAUAUUCAGUAGGCUCUCACUAACUGAAAUAUAUCAACACUACUUUUAAGACUCAUAAUAGUUUGCAAACCUUCAAAGGUUGUGUUGUUAUCAAACAUGAAGUUUUAUAAUUCUUCAAAUAAUGCUCAUGGUGUUGACAAUACUUAUUGUUCUAGAAAUUCUCCACCCAGAAAUCUUUCUAUCAUAGAUUUGUUUUUGUGUACAUCAUUAUACUCUUCACUAAAAUUCCACCUUGUAGUAACAAACUUUUCAUUCAAUAGAACAUAGUUUACUUUAAAAUAACUUGGAAAGAAUAAUUUAAAUUCAUUAGCAUCACUCUCUUCAUUAGAAUUGUGAUGACUUAUUAAUGUAAUACAUCUUAAAAGCAGGAUUGCCCUAAUGUUCUGACCAAUCCGUAUUCCUUAGUACACUUCAACUGACUAAAAUAAAAUAAACUUGGGAUCAUACUGCCCAGAAACUGUUAUUCCUAGUCUGUGUCUAACAAACUCAGGGUAAUCAUAAAACAACUUAACAACGUAUUCAAUUCAUUGGCUACCGUCAUAUCCAGAAACCUAUUCUCCCUAGUCCACACCUUUAUAGACUUCAAUUCAAUUCCUCUUGGAUCUCUGAACUCUUAUAUCCAAGGCAUUCUUAAUGUAUACCAUUACUUAAUAUUAAUCAAUAUAAAUUAUCCUUCCUUAGUUUUCUUCCUUAUGUUACCAUUGUUUGUUUUACUUCACCUCAAUUAUAAACAAAAUAUUUAUUAUUGUGAAUCUAUGAAAUACUAUUAAACUCAAUAUUUGUAGAAUUAAGUAACCAUGAUCCUUAUUUUAUCAACUUCAUAUUUUAUCUACUUCUGAUACUUCUCAUCCUAUGUAUAGGUCAUAAUAUAAUAGUUCUUUUCAUAAUACUAUCCUAUCAUAAUUUUACUCCAAUGUGUUACACAUUUAUAAGUACUCUAUUUUGGUAUUAAUACACUCAUAUAACUUUAAAUAACUUUUCAUUAUCUGUUUUUUUUCUUCGUUAAUAUUUAGGAAUUGAUAUUCAUGUUAGUGUCAAUCUUUUAUUUCUUUGUAAGUCUGUUAAUCUUCUUUAUCAAAUUAACUCUGUAGAAUCUUCCAUCACGGUUUGCAGAUCAGAUAAAAAGUCUCUUUCCAACAGUCGAUGUCCAGUUGUCUGAAGGAAUAUUUUCCUGAUUUACUGCCACAAGGAUCUGUCACGCUUUACCUACAUUAAAACAAAAAACAUGUGCAGCAUUAAUACAAUGGCUUACAAUGUUUAUAUCUCAUUAUUAUUAUUAUACAGUUUAACAUUGAAUUACAUGGACUACACAACAUUUUAAUUUCUUCUCAUGAGGUCUACCAUCUAGUGGUCAUUACAUUUAUGCCAUGCGAUGUAUAAUCUUUAAAUUUCCUUUAUAUUAAAAUCUUUCUGAACAUUUUAAUUUUCCAAACUUUUUAUUAAUCAUACCCCCCUUUUAAACUGUUUAAUAAUCUGGAGGUAUAACCUAAUCACAUAUCAGAUGUUACAAUAAAAUAUUGUUUUCCACUAUACUUUAGCAAUAGCAGCCAUUUUGUCUUAACACUGGCACCAUUUUGUCACAUUAAACAAACUGCAAAAGACGUAUAUUGUUUCCUACAUCAAAUGUAUUUGUAAAUCUAGGUUUUAUCCUUUCAAAACUUUUGUCUCAUAUAUAUAAUCAAAACAUAUGUAUGUCCAGGCUUUGCAAAAUAUAGUAAUCCAUUAUCAGUCAUGACAUUAAAAUCUAAUUCUCAUGAAUUAAAUCAAAGAUUUUAAAUCAACCUCAGAAGCAACAAGGAAUAUAUUCAUUGUUUUUUUUUUUCUUCUGUAAAAUGAUUGAAGUUACUGUAUAAUCGCAUACACCCAAUAUAACAUACAUUGCAUGUUCCUAACUGCUACAUUAGUGUAUUUCAUUCUGCCAUAUUUGCAAACUUGAUGUGUAUUUUAAUUUGAAUUAAUUAACCUAAUACUUUCUUAUAACACACAUAAAAACAAUGAAAAAACAGUUCAGACUAACAAUUCAUUAAAACAAACUAACAUAGAUCUCUAUUCUUGUGUGCUGUUCUUAAUUCUGGAAUCAGCCUGUGUACCUCUGUUGGCACACAUAUCCAUGCUCAUUCCCUAAACUGAUCAUAUCUCUUGAAUGUAUCUGAUUCUUAUAACUUUGUGUGUUACACUGCAUUGCUUGUCUGUCUCCUAAUUUUGAUUUAGCUAAAAUUGCUCAUAUUUGUCUGAUUAUCAGUUUACAAGGAAAGGCUUUAAUUGAUUUAUCUCCACAUGUAUUUUCUCUGUCAAAAUUUGCAAUCAACAAAUUUAAUUUCUCAUUUGCUUUUGAUUUGAUAGCUCGGAUAAAAUAUCUGCAAGAUCUUAAAUAAUGUUGUUUAUUGCACCAAAAACAAAUCAUUUUAGGAGUUAUAUUCUGCCUUUGAUUAUCAACGGUGCAGUUUCUAGUUGAACAAAUUGGGAGGGGCUCAGCUGUCUGUAUCACUCUUUUACAUUGAGUCCACCAAGGAGGAGGAGGGGGACGAGGGGUGUCAGGUCUGAGUUUCUUUCUCUGCCUCAUUCCACAAGUAAUUUUAACCCCUUCAUUAUUGGUUUCUCUCCUUAAGUUAUCCAAGAACAAAGCAACUUCUGUCAAAGUGCUUUUUUCUCUAGCUAACACAAUUGCAGUUGGAUCUAGAUCUUGAAAUUUUUUCACAAAUUCAUUAAUUAACCGAUCCUCAGAAAAAUCAGCAACAAGUCUAUAUGCAUUUUCCUGUCUAUGAAAAAGUUUUUAAGUCCAAUUACCUGUGGUCCCUUGAAAAAGUGGGGGCUACAUUUUAAAAAGCUGUAAUUCCUAAACCAACUUGGAGGUGAAUACCUUCAAAUUUAAGAUAGGAGACUACACUUAAAGCCCAUAUACAUUAUUUAACUGUACCUUGAUUGUAUUUUGAUCAACGUACUAGAAUACCCUAUCUUGUAGAUAAAAAGUUGAUGUUGUAGAAUGAAAACUCACCAGACCACCUACCAAACCUUGCAUACAGUGAGGCAAAAUAAAGUAUAGGGCAGGAUAAAAUGUAAUAUCCACUCAUUUUAAUAAAACGACAUGCAGAUCACCUAAAGCAAAAGGGAGACCUGUUAUAAUAUAAAGUAUGUAAUGAGCUAUAACAAUCUGAAAUUAGUCUUGAAAUAGCUUAGAAUAGAUUAAAAAAAAUCCUUGGUACACCUAUACAGAUUUUGUCUAAAAAUUAUAGUCCUAUAGGACUUAGAAUGCAUAACCAUGGAUAAUUUUUCAGUCCCUAUUUAACAUUUAACAAUGCAAAGAUAUUAACAUUAGUCAUAAAAUAAGCAUACUAAAGGCAGAUGUGAAUGUAAUGCAUUUAGUUAUAGGCACAGUGGUAAGUUGAAAUACCAACCAAAAACAUACCACCCUACAUUUCAUAUUCACAAAAAAGGACACCUUAAUCCUAGGGAUGUAGCCAGGGGUGGUACUAUUUUAGGUGCCUUAUGAAUAAUUUAUGAAACUUAAAAUGUAAUUUCAAACAAAAACUACUUAACUCUCCUGUCAGACUGAUUUUUAAAUACAAUUAUUGUCGUUUAACCCUUUAGUGAUCAGACCGUUUUCAAUUUUCUUACGGUCAAGGACCAGGGCUCUUUUUACAUUUCUGCGGUAUAUGUGUUUAACUGUGAUUUUCCUCUUACUCAUUUACUGUACCCACACAUAUUUAUAUACUGUUUUUCUCGCCAUUAAAUAGUCUUUCUAAAGAUACCAUUAUUUUCAUCAUAUCAUAUAAUUUACUAUAAAAUAAAUCAUAAAAUUAAAAAAAAAAAGAAUUAAAAAAAACCCACACCUUUUCUAACUUUGACCCCCCACAAUUUGUUACGCAUCUACAACCGCCACAAAACACCCUUGAUAAAUAGUUUCUCAAUUUUGUCCUGAGUUCAGAAAUACCCAAUUUUAACAUGUUCUUAGCUUCUUUUUUUGUGUGCAAGUUAUAGGGCUAUAAUAGCACUUUUCUAUUUCCAAACCAUUUUUUUUUUCUCCAAAAUUAACGCAUGUAACACUGAUAUCUGUCAGGAACCCCUGAAUAACCCUUUACAUGUAUAUAUUUUUUAAAAGAAGACAACCUAAGGUAUUAAACUUGGGGUAUUUUGACUCUUUUCAUGCACCCAUUUUACCACCAAUCUAUGCCAAUUAAAAAAAAAAAAAAAAAGAUUUAUAAUAAUAAUUGGUGAUUUUGUGACACACAUUGCAGUUUAAGAACACAUGUACUGAGAACUGUAUGAGUUACUGCCAAAGAGCACCCCAAUAUGUUUUCAGCAACAUCUCCUGAGUACAGUGAUACCACCCAUGUACAGGUGUGUCUGGUUCUCUGGGGGCUAAAAGACCUUUUUUGGAGGGUGCAUAUUCCAGUUUUCCAACUUGGAAUUUUCACAGCUGGUCAUCAUGCACCCAUGUCCUGUUUGGGACAAUUUUGAAGCCGGCCAAUGUAAUUUACCCCCCUCAAACCAUAUACUUUUGAAAAGUAGAGGCUAUAGGCUAUUUUAAAUGGUGGUAUUCUAAUACUUUCCAAUAUGUGUUCAGCAGCAUCUCCUGAGUACAGUGAUACCACCUAUGCAUAGGUUUGUUGGGUGCAAUGCCAAACUUCUGACGUGUGUUUUUGAGAUUUGACAUAUCUUCUUUGCCUAUCUGCUUUUUGGGGGCCUUUUUAGAUAUCCCAAUUUAUUUUCUUGCCAUCAGCAUGCAUAUAUUUGAAAAGUUGACACUCCACGGUAUUGUAUAUGGAGUGUUUUGAUGCAUUUGAUGCAAUCGUUGUAGUAAAAAAAUUAGAGAAAAAGUGUGGUGGUAAUUUUUCAAUUUUCAUUUUUACAUACACAUUUUUUGUGUGAUUUAGGGGAGCCUCUUGGUUGGUUGGUUAUUGCAAGAAAACACUCCAGGUUGUUUUCUGCAAGGCCUCCUGAGUACACCCAUGCAUAGGUUUGCAAGGAUUUUGGGAAGGUACAGUUACAAUUGUAUGACAUGUAAUUUGAGGUAUUGUGUAUGGAGUGCUUUGAUGCAACCGUUUUAGCCCCCAAAAUUGGAGAAAGUGUGUGGUGGUAAUUUUUCAAUAUUCAUUUUUACAUACACAUUGCUUUUGGACUGUGAUUUAGGAUAGCCUGUUGUUGGUUAUUGCAAGAAAACACUUUAGGUUGUUUUCUGCAAGGCCUCCAGAGUACACCCAUGCCCCCCAUACAUAGGGUAAACGUAACAAAAAAAAAAACUGAACGGCAAAUGUUAAAAAAAAUAUUAAAGUGCACCAUUGUGUGGUAUUGUUUGAGGCAGUCCCCAAUGCAGAGUCCAGGCUGUCCAGGGCAAUCAGGACCGUAAGAUACAGUAUUUUAUUCUCUGCCCCCUCUUAAAACAGACUCUGCAUUUGGGGAUUUUGCUUUGCCGCAGUAGGGGGACUUUUAAAAAAAAAAAAUCAGAUGUGUAGCCCCAAAUCUGCCCUUUCCCAUCACCGCCCGGGGAGCAGGUGCAUUACGGUACAAAAUCCCCGAAAUGAUCUGGAGCUGAAACUGUAAAAAAGUCAGUUGCAUUCCGGGGUUUGCUUUUUUAAACAACAAAAAAAACGUUGUGGGUUGCAAUAUGCGUUAAGUAAAUUGCAACCUUUUUGUACGAGUCCCUUGUCUUCCGUAUAAAUAGGUGUUGCUGCAGUUGCUGGUCUUCCAGAUUAACCCCACCCAUAUGCCGUUUAUAGGCCUUGAUGCACACUGGCUUCCUUGUGCUCUCAGCUCUGCCACGUACAGAGACCUCCACAGUCCCCUCAGUGUGGAUGGUGGUAAGAAGGUACACAUCCUUCUUGUUUCUGUAUUUAACUGCCAACAGCUCCUCUUGGCGCAGAGCUGAGGUCUCUGUAUACAAGUGGUACCCUUUUGUUCAUAUCAGGUCCCAGAGAAUAUUGAAACUGGUUCACAUAUGUUCUGGGCAACAUGAAGGGUCAAGGUGGGGUAUCCUUUAUCCUUUCCCUCGUACACCCGGAAGGCCUGAGUAUACCCUGUCUCGCUAUCACAGAACUUAUACACCUUUACACCAUACCUGGAUCGCUUGGAAAGAAUAUACUGCUUGAAUCCCAGCCUUCCCUUAUACUUCAUUAGGGAUUCAUCCACACAUAUAUUCCUUCCAGGUGUAUAAGCCUCUGCAAACCUGGCAGCGAAGUGGGUAAUUAGGGGGCGUAUUUUAUACAUCCUGUCAAACUGGGGAUUCUCCCUAGGGGGGUACAGGUUGUUGUUACUGAAGUAAUACACAAGACAGAAGAAGGUUGCGCCAAAGCUGAAUAGUACAGCUGAGUACAGCUAAAACUAACAAAGUCCAAAGUGUAAGUGGUGCCAAAACAAAGACUUUGUUAAUUAUUUUUUUUAAUGCAUCUUCUCCCCCCUAAUCCCCACACACAGCACCUUACCCCCCACACACAGCACCUCACAAACACAUACACUGCACCCCUUAAUGUAGUAUGUGUGUGUGUGUAUUCAGCAGACUGUGUGCAUGUACUCAGCAGUCUGUGGGUAUUCAGCGGACUGUGUGUAUGUUUGUGUGUUUGUAUUUAGUGGACUGUGUGUAUGUAUUUAGCAGUCUGUGUGUGUGUGUAUUUAGCAGUCAUUCUGUGUGUCGGUGUGUGUGUGUGUAUUAAGCAGUCAGUGUUUGAAUGUGUUCAGCAUUCUGUGUGUAUGUAUGGCAUUUGUUGGAGAUACUAAUAAAAAAAAAAAAAGCUGGCAUGUAUUGCGGUUUGGGCACUCGGGCUCAAAAAGGUUCGCCAUCACUGACCUAGACAAAUAUUGUCCACAGAUAAAGUACCAUGAUAUGGUCUCUGAACCCACUUUCAAAGUUUUCUAUAGCAUUAAACCACAUCAUAAAUGGAAGCCCAAAGAGUUGUCAGGACGAGAAACCAUAUCAAAUCCUACAAGUGGUGUACACUUUUCUAACUUAAAAAGAUUUGUGAACAAAUAGUCUACUAAGAAUCUACAUUGAUAACAGGCGUUUUGAAGUAGAGAUAAGUCUGCCUAUGGGAUAUAUUCUAUCACUUCCUAUAGGGAAAAAAUUAUCUUUUAUCCUUUUCCUAAAGAAUAACCUACCUAGAGGUUAUCCAAAGAAAUCUUUCCAUACGUGACAAAAACAAUGGUUUUGAAAAGAGUAUGCAUGUUGCCCAUAUUGUUAAUACAAUAGAUUACAACCCAUUUAGAACUAAAUCAGACAAGCAGAUACAUUCUUGUACUAUAAAAUGUUAGAACUAUGACAAAGAAGUGAACCAUACCAAUAUAUAAAAGGUAUCUCUUUAAUACAAAGGGCUAUGUGCCUGUAAAACAAACCUCAGCCCAAACAACCAUUUCUCAAAAUAAAAAAUCACACCUUUCUACCCAUCAGGUUCCAGGUAGGGAUAGCAGUAUAAACAUACAAUUGGGCAAUACCAAUUACACUUUGAUACAUUUGUUAUUUGAAAAGUAAUGCUUUGAUCACUUUGCUUCUUUUUUUUCAAUGCUACAUAUUUGGGGUGUGACACUGUGAUGUCAUCCUGUCUGCCGUUAUGAGCUGUUCUUGGGUUUCUCACCAUUCCUCCAUUCUCCAAUUUUCUCAUAUGGUUUCCUCCAUUUGUGAUAUUUAGUAUAAUCAACUGUUACUGAAUAUUCUAAAAACAUCUUUUUUUUUUUUUUUUUUACAUGCUUUUGCCCUUUGUUUUGAAGGGAAUGGCAGAUGGAGAGGUCGUAUCAGAGUGCUCUGUGGUUAUUGCAACCGGAUAUUGUUUUCAUUCUUGGAGAUCUAUUUGAUGAGGGGAAAUGGAGUAACACUAAGGUGAGAGGUAAAAUGUGUUUUGAAUGGUAACAUGAAAAUGUAAUUAUUUGCAAAUUACCCUUUUCUUUUUUGUUCGCUUAAGUGUUAGCAACGUCAAAAUUGUGCUUGUUACAACUUUGAAAUUACAACACCGCAAUCACUUUUAAUCUACUAUACAAAAAUUUUAGUGGUCACAAUAAAACGAUAAGACUCUGUUUCGUGUUGGCCAAAGUAGAUCCACAGAUGUUACUUAACCGCCCUUGGCGUUCUGAAAGCCUUACGUUUGGAAAAUCAUCAUGGGAGAUGUAAUUAUUUAGCAACCUCUGCUUUGUUUGAAAGUUCUUAACAAGACUAAGCCUUAGCACACACAACACCAAUCCCAGCUAACCAUGGUCCAUAACAUGACUAGACAACCUUUGAAUCUCCAGAUUUUAUGGACUACAUAUCCCUUAAUGCUCACAGAGCAUCAGAGGAGGCGUAGUCCAUAACAUCUGGUGUUCCUAGUCUUUACUAUGCUUCAGUGCAUUUUAAAUACAAAGUGCCUACACAUUGUUUAACACCGCACAGAUGACUACACGUAUAAAAAGACUGGUGAAGUCCAGAGCACGUUAUGGCCAUGGUAAUGGUGGUCUGGGGAACCUCCAAAUUGCUGUUUGCUGAGUUCCAGUGGUAUAACUACACAGAUAUUCCCCUAUCAUAGAAUAUAAGUUGAAUAUCAUUAACAGACUUGUGUGCAAAUGAGUUUCACUUGUUAUGAACAAGUCAAAUGCCUUUUAAUCUGUGCUUGGACAAAUCAAUCCGUCCCAAGAUUUACCUAUGGAGUCUUAUUCAUUAAUUCCACAUAAAUCUCAAUUCGUUCGGAUGCAGUUUAAAAGGCAUUUAAUUUGUUCAUGGCAGCUGAUACUUAUUUGUGCACAAGUAUAAUGAUUAAUGGAGAAUAGUCAUUAAACUGGUGCACAAAUUUUGUUCAGCUAUGCCGAACUAACUAAUUAAACCACUAUACAAAUAAAUACAUUUGUUAAUCGAUUACCAGGCAUUUGAUCAGAUCGUAAUCAUUAAUGGGUAAAGUGGGGAGCGUUUUUUAAAUUUUGCACUCCAAUAUUUAUUUUUUAUUUAUUUUUUAAAUUCUUUAUUUUUCCACUUUUGGUGCAACAUUUAGAUUGUACAGAUUGUUAAAAAGUUGAGGUUCGGUACCGUUCAUAGUUUGCACCGUUUUGGGUCGAGCAAUAGCAAAUUUUUUAAACAGUAACAUGUUAAAACAAAACAGUAUUCAUUAUUUAGGUGUUAUGAUGUUUUGUGCGUUCUUGUGUUGGGAUAGGACUUUGCUGUAAAUCAGUAGCUCCUGUCUAGAGUAGGUCUGGUGGUGAUGGGACCCUAUGUGAAGAUUGAGUAGGUGUUCGAGUCGUGUAGUAGCAAGGUUGCGUCAGUUCCAUGUUUCAUGGUCAGACUCGCUGUGUUGUGCUGAGUAUAGGUGUCUGCAUGCGUUAGUGGAGGUGAGCUGUUUGUCGUAGAUAGCGUGUUUUGGGUUGAUUACCCCUAACCAAGGGGGCUGCGGAGGGGGGGGGGUGAUUUGUCAGGCGCCCUGUGGUUGGAUGUGUGAUAUGUUGGCUCUCAUUGGCGUAGAGAGGGUGAGUGCAGCAAUGGCCUGUGGUGUUUGGGAAUUGUUAGCGGAGGCUAAAUAGUAAAUAGUAUAAAACGUAAAUAAAGUCACGGAAUGAAAUCAAAAUAUGUGUGCACCAGUCCCGGUGGCAAAGUCUGCGGUGUCAGUCCACUUCAGUCAUGGUACAGGGUGUUGUGAUCCGCUGGGUCUCGGUUCCGGCUGGGCGUUGUUCCUGGGAUCCCGUACUUCCAUUUGCGGGCUUUUUCGUGGUGGAAGCAUCGGGUUGGGUAAUUUCAAAGCGGUUAGGAGAAUAGGUGCUUCUUCCACGGAGGUUAGGACAUGGGUAGUGCCUUCUUGGGUUACUUCCAGAGUCCCGUUAGUGCCCCACUUGUAUGCAAUUCCCGCUGCUCGGAGUUGUGUGGUGAGUGGUCCAUACGAUUUGCGCCACAUGAGGGUGGCCUUUGAUAGGUCCUGGAAGAACGCCAGGGAAGAGUUCUCAAACAGCAGCGGUGUCUUGCCUUUCAGCCCAGCCAUUAUAUGUAGUUUGUCUUGUACUGUGACACAUCUGAGGAUGACGUCUCUGGCCGUUGGGGUCUUUAGGUGGGGAGGGGUAGGCAAGCGGUAUACCCCAUCUAUGAUCAUUUUCUUUACUGCUGUGUGUGGGAGUACUGUAGCUAGUAGGCGUCUGGUGUAAUGCGGCAGCUCUUCGGCCGAUAUCUCUGCAGGGAUGCCCCUGAUUUUUAUGUGUGAGCGGCGUUGUCGAUCUUCCAUGGUUGACAUUUUGAGUGACAGGUACGUUUGUUGUUGCUGGAUUUGUUUGAUGGAGUCUUCCAUCGUGUUUAUGUGAGCAUGUACCGUCACUACUUCUGCCUCCGUGGUGUUCACCUUUUCCGUGACCGUGCGCAGUUCGGUCCUCAGAAGGGCUGAGUCAGCUGCUAGGAGCUUAUGGAUGUCUGCUAGAAGGAGCUUUAAGUCACGUUUGGUGGUUGGUGCAGAGUCAUCCGGGGACUCCAACAGUGGCUGUAGUGGUGCUUGUAAGUGCCCUUGUACGUCAGGUCCGGUUUGUGGUGGGUUGUGUACCCUUUCAGGCUGUAUUGCCCCUGGGGGUCCCUGGGAGUCCGGGCCUUGUGGUGCCCGGGUGUGCGGCUGCUGAUUUUGGUGCUGCCCAGUAAGUUCUGGCCCCUGUAAUUCUGUUUUGGGGGUCUGUGGGGGCUCCGGUGGUUCUUGCCGUUGUUGGGGUGUGGUAGGUGCCAGGGUAGCCUCCAGCGUUUCUGCCGCUGGUUUGGGUUUGGGCUGGGUAGGCUUUUGGAGCAUAGUCCCAAUAUCCCUGCCACCAGCCGUACCUUGUGGCCUUUGUGAUCGGCGUCCCAUUGCCGGCAUAUGAGUCAGAGCUGUGGAUGGGUCCGGGGCGCAGGAGGUGUCUAUGUGCUCGGCCGAGUAUCCUCUCAACAGGUCCUCGAGGCCCAGGCUCGUUGGGGUAUAGUAGGCCCCGAUUUUGCUUCUCCGUUUCUGCUGCCGCUGCGGUUGGAAAAAAGGCAUCAGGAGAUGCGGCCCGUUGAGCUGAUGCCGAUAGUGCGUGUGGCGAGGUUGGAUGGGUCAGAGAAAGACUGAUUUCAAUGGAUUUUGUCCACAGGGCUUGGAAGCUGUGGAAAAUGGCCUCCGCUCGUGUCGGGUAGCAAGCCCCGCCCCCUGCACUCCAAUAUUUUUAACCAUAACGAGACCCAUUCUUUACACAUUUGUCUGUAAGAGUAGAUUUCAUUUGAAAAGAAGUUUCCAUUAUGCAAGGAUGUAUCGUUUCUGUGUGGUGUGAUGUUAGAACAAAUCUGUGUCUGUAAUGUCAACAUUUUACUUUGUAUUUAAACCCCCUUACCCAAAAAAAAAAAGUCUGUAUGUAUAUACACUGAUCAGCCACAACAUUAAAACUAUUUAACCCCUUAGUGACCAGACUGUUUUUCAAUUUUCUUACCGUUGAGGACCAGUGCUGGUUUUACAUUUCUGCGGUGUUUGUGUUUACUGAACCCACACAUAUUAUAUACCGUUUUUCUCAUCAUUAAAUUACCUUUCUAAAGAUACCAUUAUUUUCACCAUAUCAUAUAAUUUACUAUAAAAAAAUGAUAAAAUAUGAUGAAAAGUUUUUAAAAAACACCCCAUUUCUAACUUUGACCCCCAAAAUCUAUGCACCUAAAACCGCCAAAAACACCCAUGCUAAAUAAUUUCAAAAUGUUGUCCUUAGUUUAGAAAUACUCAAUGUUAACAUGAUCUUAGCUUUUUUUGGAAAGUUAUAGGGCUAUAAGUACAAUUUUUAAAAUGUAUCAAUUGUAACACUGUUAUCUGUCAUAAAUCCCUGAAUCACACCUCACAUGUACAUAUUUUUUUAAAGUAGACAACCCAGGGUAUUCAAUAUGAGGUAUGUCCAGUCUUUUUAAGUAGCCACUUAGUCACAAACACUGGCCAAAGUUAGCAUUUAUAUUUGUUUGUGUGUUAAAAAUGCAAAAAACUAUUAUGAACGCUAACUUUGGCCAGUGUUUGUGACUAAGUGGCUACUAAAAAAGACUGAACAUACCCCAUUUGCAAUACCUUGGGUUGUCUUCUUUUGCAAAUGGCAUGCCAUCAUGGGGGUAAUUCUCAUUCCUGGGCUACCUUAUGCACACAAAGACAACAUAACCAACCUGGAAAAUUUCAAUGUGAAACAACAGAAAACUGAACCUUAUAUCUAACCCUGUAACUUUCAAAAACACUAUAAAACAUGUACAUGGCGGAUACUGUUAUACUCGGGAGACUUCCCUGAACACAAAUAUUAGUGUUUCAAAACAGUAAAACGUAUCACAACAAUAUUAUCAGUGAAAGUGCCGUUUGUGUGUGAAAAAUGCAUACAAAUUCACUUUCAGUGUGAUAUGUUUUACUGUUUUGACACCCUAAUAUUUGUGUUCAGCGAAGUCUACCGAGUAAAACAGUACGCCCAUGUACAAGUUUUAGGGUGUCUUGGAAAGUUACGGGGUUAAAUAUAAUGGUUAAUUAUUACUUAUUUACUUAUUAAUAAUUAAUUACUUCAUUAUGUAAACACAUUCCAUACAUAUGCAUGUAGAAUUUAGAUAUAUAUACAUAUUUAUAUAUUUGAAGUCUACGUGUAUAUGAAAUUAUUUAUGUAAUUAUGUAUAUGGACAUAUGUAUAUUUCGUAUAAUUUUUAUUUAUUUAUAUAUACAUUGAGAUAUAUAUAUAUAUAAUUUCAUUCUAAGUGUAUUUUUAUAUAAAUAUAUAUUAAUAUCAAAAUACAGUCAGAAUAAAAUUACAUAUAUAUAAUUUGUCAAAAUUGUUUUAAAAUUUUUUAAUUUACACAAUAUAUAUACUUAUUAUAUAUUAUUACGUGUGUAAUUUUAAUCUUAAUAUAUGUAUAUAUUAAUAAAAAAAUACACUUAGUAUGACGUUAUAUAUGAUAUAUAUAUAUAUAUAUAUAUAUAUAUAUAUAUAUAUACACAUAUUAUAUAUAUAAUAUAUAUAUAUCUCAUACAUAUAUUUUUUAUUUAUAUAUUUUAUUUACUGUAAUAACUUAAUUUUUUUAUUUUAAAACUUUUUUCACCAGCAGGGGGGCUGCCUGACAGUUCAGGCAGUCCCCCUGCAGACAACACUAUGGACGCCUAUGGCGGCCAUGUGAUCGCUCCAUUAGAGCGAUCACAUGGCUCUUGGGGUCCUAUUUUGCAGAGGGGUGAUUGUCUGGCCUGUUGAGGUGCUCAGCACACACAGCACACACAGGCAGAGCAUUGGAAGCUCCGGGGGAGCGAUCACCUGGCGGCCCGGCAGUGAGGGCUGGUAUUGCAGGAUGCCUCGACAUCGAGGCAUCGCUGCAAUACCCUUAGAGCGUCUGGAAGCGAUCAUGAUCAUGAUGAAGUCAUUAAAAAUCUUUUGAAACUUCACUAAUAUUGACUUUUCAGAACCAUAAAAAAAGGCAAUCUAUGAGCUGGAGACAGCCUAUAAUCAAAUAAAUUAUAGUUAUCUUAGUGAGCGCCUAUUCCUUUUCUCUUUUUGGCAUAUAAUCAACCCUGCCUUAACCCAAAGCGUCACUGACGCAUGUCAGGCAGUUUGAGCCUAAAACACCAAUGCAGCCUACUUGCGGGUGAAAGUGUGGGAGAGGCGGCCGAUCUCCCCGCUCGCUCUCCUGCAGGAACAAGCUUAAGCCUGUCCCCCCCCCCCGCCAACGGGGUUUAUCCCGACCCCAUCACCCAAGCCGCACUCACCGGUCACUGGUGGACCUGUUACCCAGCACAAACACAUGCUGCGGCAUGAAUCUGACCCCCCCCAGCUGACCCAAGUUGGUGGAUGGCGGGCCUCUCACUACACCACGUGGACUGAUAGAUUCGACCUUAACGAAGCUGGACAAAAUCUUUGAGGAAUUCUGGAGAAGGCUUGCGGAGAAGCAGAUGGGGGCAAACAAGCUAAACCACACACCUCCUGCAGCUCAACGGUCUGUACCGACCCCGCCGAGGCGGAGCGGUACCUCACCCAGGUGCCAGAGGAGGUAACUGAGCAGAGCCCCCUCACGGAGACCACCUUCCAAGAGCAGACUUAAGCACUCCUACCAAGCCGCACGCGGCCCAAGACCUCGCGACGACCGGGGCUCCCCGGAAGCUCCAGGAGCUUGCCUCAAUGCUGCUAGGAGACGGACAGAUGCAGCAGGAUAUAGAAUCCACGGAGGUUCGGGCCGUCCUGCAUACCCAUUGGUGACCUGGACUGUCUGAAGUAGCCCACUAAUGGCAAAAUAAGAAAUAAAAAUUCAUACCUACUCGCACCAGACCACCAGAUACAAAACUAUAUAAUCUGCCUAAAGAAACCUUUGGGACCACAGAAGAUUAGGAAAAUUUAUUUUAAUAAAAAAAUAAUGCCUGGGGCUGGGCCUGAGCUCCAUGGCGGCUGGAUGUGCCUUGUGUGUGCUCUGUGCCAAAUCUUAGAAUUCGAAGGAAUUAUCGCUUCCCAAAUCGCCACAGAGUUACCCCUUGCCACUUACAUGAUCCAGAGACCGGCUGGAGUGCCUCAGUUCUCCCAAAUAACUAAUACGUUUCCUGGGGGUCCCGGCAGGGCCUGGUGUGGACGCCGGGCAUGUGAGAUGGCCGCUUUUCCGCUCGACAUACUGCGGUAAUCUUGCAACCAUAAUCUGCAAACCCGUUCUCCCCCCCCACCUUUGGACCGGUGUGGGUUAUCACCUUUUCCUCUUUUUGUUGAGGCACUAGGAUACUGUACUGGAUCUAGUACGGAAUAGGGCUCCUAUGUUAAAGAUGGUGGCCAUGCCUCCACCACAUGGCGCAGGGACAGUUCAGCCUGCAAAGGAAUACUCCGACAGUGUCAAGCAAUCUCUGCAGAAGCUAGGGGACAUGUUUAAUGGGACACUAUAGUCACCCAGACCACUUGAGAAAUGUUUCCUGUGGAGUGUUAGAAUGCGUGCAUGACUCUUGCCGCGCAUUCCGCUCUACUCGGAAGCUGACGUCGGCUGGGGGAGGAGAGGUCACCAGCGUCGAGGGAGCCCGGCGCUGUAUUAAGGUAAGUGACUGAAGGAAUUUUAACCCCUACAGCGCCACGGGAGGGGGACCUUGAGGGUGAGGGUCCCUCAUGGAUUAUAUAGUGUCAGGAAAACAGGUUUGUUUUCCUGACACUAUAGUGAUCCUUUAACCCCUUAAGAACCAAACUUCUGGAAUAAAAGUGACUCAUGAUAUGUCACACGUCAUGUGUCCUUAAGGGGUUAAUCGUUUCUGGGCCUCUCUGGAGGCCUCACCAAGCAGCCAUGGUACCUCAGCCUCGAGAGGGAAUCUGGAAAGGUGGAGAUAUGGCAGUGAGUGGGCCUACCUCGGGCCUUCACCUUUCAAAAGUGCAAGCCUUCUAUACCACUAGCCCACCUGGGCCAAGGGCUAACAGUGGCAAGACCCCAAGGCAUCGACCAUGUAGAAGGAAGACCGACUGCACACAGUCACAGACAGACACAUUUUGCUCUUAUAACCUUAACCUUGCCUUUGGACGUGGAUCAACUCUACACUGCUCCAGGGGAUUUGACCUAUUCCUUCGGACUUGGUGAAGUGUUUAUCGAUGAGCUUAUCAUUUUACUUGUAAUAAAUUCAGAUUUUACCUUUACACAGUCUUGCACUAUGUGCUUGUCUCUCCUCUCUUUCCUUUUUUUUUUAAAUUUUUUAAUUUUUUUAAAUUCUUAAUUUUUUCUGUGCAAGGUAAAUACAGGUAUAUGUGAAGUGCCACAACAGCACUCUUAGAGUAAGCAACAAACAUUCAAUUUGGCACUUGGAAUCUGCACAUUUUGUUGUUGUUAUUAUUAUGUUGGAUCAAGCUAGACACAAUUUUUAGGUAUAUAGCAAAUAGAUGAUACGUUAAAACUAUGUCAGUAAGCAAUAAUUUGACAAUAGACUAAGCUCUAGAAACUUUAACUGACAGCAUGGGGUUGUUUAGCCAGAGUGAGAAUCUAGGAGAAGUAUGCCUGUUAAGGCAUAGUAGAUAAAUGUUAACUUAAACAAAAGUUUAAUGUUAGUACACUCGUUUUAUAGUUGGGUUCCAGGCUAUACAUGUAUGUCUGAUUAUGUGAAGCUAUACAUGUGGGUGGUUAAUUAAAACAGAGUUAGCUACAUGCUUAUAAGAUGCUUAUAAGAGUCGGGAAGAAGAUAAAACCUAUACUGGGAAGCAGGUAAUUGCUAGGCAAGCAGGCAGGCGCUUUUACCUCCCCAUAGCUGCGGCCAUGUGGCCGCUUUAGAGCCAAAUGGCGGCUGUUACAAAGCAUCAUAGGUCUAUGUAUAAAAGACAAAAAAAAAAAAAAAAACUUAGAGUCAUCAGUUGAUGUGAAGCAUUGUCCUUGUUGGGCUUUACGUUGGGGCUUUCAGCCUAUGUCCAGUGUCGGGAAGUCCCGGCCGCCUCUACAAGUGACUCUCUUGGAAACUCUGGGCAAGGUGCCUCCGUAUCUGGAUCCAGCUUUGAUGGCGUCCUGAGGGGUACACUGAUGCUUGGUCUCUCGAUUUGCAGUGCUGGUGGCGGGAGGUCAUGUUAUGCUGCGCCUGGCACUGAGAGGCUGGGUUGGUGAGUGCUUUGCAGGUGUCGCUUGAGAGGGGCUCCCAUUGGGAGCUGCUCUGGAGGUACGGUGGGGGGAGGGGGGUUCCCGCCUAGCUGGCGCUGGGUUGCCAGGCGGAUCCAUGCCCCCAUUUGUCUCAUCAUCGACCUGUGAAUCUUGUCCGUGCCGCCAUCUUGGGCGGGCCUUGGUGAGUCCGCUUUGCUUUAGGUAUUGUCGCUAUUAUUCCUCCCCCGCAAGGACCGGGUUAUCCCCAGCAGGUCCGGGGGGGGAGGGGGUAGCAGGACUGCCGUGGGUUCUCGUUUAGGCGCGUAGCCCGUGUCGGGAGGUCGGCCUCCUCCUCCGGACCUCAGGCCCCGGUCCAUUUUAGGCUGCAUGGCCGGGGCUGGUUUUUCCGCCACGCAGGCCCCGCCCCCCUCUCUUUCCUUUUUUAUACAUAAAUGGAGCAAAGGAAAGAAGGUGCUGAAGUCAUUCAAACUGUUAUAUGCCUGCUAUCAAUUUCCAGUUUGUGAGUGCAAUAUACUCAUGCCCCCCUUUUUAUGGUGUAUUGCAGUAUUCCACUAUUUGGGUUUUUUUCUGUAUUUUGUUGUAGAUUGUAUAUGUAUGUGUAUAUACACCCUGUUCCAAAUUAUUAUGCAAAUUCUAUUUAAGUGUCACAAAGAUUAAAUAUUUUGUUUUUCAGUUUAACUCAUGGAUGGCAUUGUGUCUCAGGGCUCUUUUGAUCACUGAAAACAAUCUCGGACACCUGUGAUAAUUAGAUUGCCAGGUGAGCCCAAUUUAAGGAAAAACUACUAAAGGAGGGUGUUCCACAUUAUUAAGCAGAGCACCAUUUUCAUGCAAUAUGGGAAAGAAAAAAGGAUCUCUCUGCUGCCGAAAAUAAUGAAAUAGUUCAAUGCCUUGGACGAGGUAUGAAAACAUUAGAUAUUUCAUGAAAACAUAAGCGUGAUCAUCGCACUAUUAAGAGAUUUAUGGCUGAUUCAGAGCACAGAUGGGUUCGUGCAGAUAAAGGCACAUUGAGGAACAUUUCUGCCAGAUCCAUGCAUCGGAUCAUGAGAGCAGCUGCCAAAAUACCAUUACAUAGCAGCAAACAGAUAUUUGAAGCUGCUGGUGCCUCUGGAGUCCCAAAGACAUCAAGGUGUAGAGUCCUCCAGAGUCUUGCAACUGUGCAUAAACCUUCUAUUUGGCCACCACUAACCAAUGCUCACAAGCAGAAACGGCUGCAUUGGGCAGAAAAAUACAUGAAGACUAAUUUUCAAACAGUCUUUUUCACUGAUGAGUGCCGUGCAACCCUGGAAGGUCCAGAAGGAUGGACUAGUGGAUGGUUGGUGGAUGGCCACCCUGUUCAAACAAGGCUGCGACGUCAGCAAGGCGGUGGUGUAGUCAUGUUUUGGGCCGGAAUCAUGGGAAGAGAGCUGGUCGGCCCCGUUAGGGUCUCCGAAGGUGUAAAGAUGACCUCUGCAAAGUAUGUGGAGUUUCUGACUGACCACUUUCUUCCCUGGUACAUAAAAUCAUCUUCAUGCAUGACAACGCACCAUCUCAUGCUGCAAAGAAUACCUCUGCAUCAAUGGCUGCUAUGGGAAUAAAAGGAGAGAAAGUCAUGGUGUGGCCUCCAUCCUCCCCUGACCUCAAUCCUAUUUAGAACCUUUGGAGCAUCCUCAAGCAAAAGAUCUAUGAGGGUGAGAGGCAGUUUACAUCCAAACAGAAGCUCUGGAAGGCUAUUCUGACAUCUUGCAAACAUAUUCAAGCAGAAACUGUCCAAAAACUCACAAGUUCAAUGGAUGCAAGACUUGUGAAGCUGCUGUCAAAUAAGGGGUCCUAUGUUAAAAUGUAACGUGACCUGUUAAAAUGUUUAAAAAGUUAAAAUGUUGUUAUGUUUGAUUGAAAUAGCUUUUGAUUUCAGUAAAUAUGCUGCAAACACAACAAAUGACAAUCUUCAGUUCUUUACAACCUAUAAAGUGUUUUGAAAUGUACUGUGCGUAAUAAUUUGGAACAGUGCAUUGUAAUUUUUUUAUGUUUAAAACAAAUACUGUUAUCAUUAGGUUUGUUCAAUAAAAUUUGAAUUGUACUCUUAAUAGUUGAUAACAUGAGAAUUAUGCUGACUGUUAUUUACAUCAAUUAUUUAUGUAAAUGAGAAAAAAUAUCAUUUGCAUAAUAAUUUGGAACAGGAUAUAUAUAUAUAUAUAUAUAUAUAUAUAUAUAUAUAUAUUGUACUGGCCCUGUCUGUGAUUGAAUCUAUGACUGUGUCUGUGAGUGAAUCUGUGACUGUGUGUGUCUAUCUGUGAGGGGAAAACAGCAUUUGAGUCUUGGACCCAGGCAGCACAAUGUCUUGGGCUGACCCUUCCUGUGACUUGCCAUAAAUAGAAAAAAACUGUACAUGGGAGUAUUGUUAUUGUUAGACAAAAUGAAAUAAAAAAUAUGGCUUUAUUGCACUAACUCCUGUCCGGACUAUGAAAUUUCAUGUGAAAAUAGAAUUCAUGUGUGUGAACAAGCACAAAAAAAUACAUGACCACUAAAUGGGGCCAUGAUUUGUGAUAAAAGGGCUAGACCAAACCUCUUAGAAUAAGCAAUUUGUAAUACUCUGGGUUGCCUACUUUGUAAAAUGGUAUGCCAUAAUAGUGGAAAUGUUAUUACCUAGGUGUUAUUAUCAAAGGUGACAUAGGCCCAGAAAAUCACUUAGUCAAAUUUCCAGGUAAAAAGCUGUAAUGGGCAAGCCCUAAAUAUGAUCCUGCAACUUUCCAAAACCUGAUAAAACCUGUACAUGGUGGGUACAAGUAGUGAGCAGAGUCACAAGAUAAGAUUGGCAUUUACUGCAUUUGAGAAGACUGAAUUUUACCAACUUCAGGGAAGCGAAAGCAUGAAAACACCCGUGGAGGGAGACCGCAACUUCUCUAUAUAAGCAUGUUUUGUGAGUACCGGCUGGAUGUUCCACAUAUACUCACAUAUGAUCCCUGUAAGCGGCAGUGGAUCAUUUUGAUCCUUUUUUUUUUUUCCUAUCUGUGUUAUAUAACAAAGCUAUUGUUUAUUUCAGCUAUUUGACACUCAUAUAUGUCAUUUUUUUAUUGUGUAUUUUAUUCAGUCAUUACUGCAGCUAUUCUAAGAUCUGCGCUAUUAUUAAUUUUAUUAUUGCAAAAUGUUCUGCACCGUUAUCUUUUUUUUUUUCUUCAUGUGCUAUCUGACUUGAUGAUUGUCGAGCGCCAUCUGCUGGCUGUAUAAGUAUUUAUACAACUUUAAUUUUGGUGCUUGAACUCUCACCUAAAAAUUGAUUGCUCCACUUUUUAUAUGUUUGGUUAAAUGGUGAGUACUGUUGUACUUGUGCUAUAUCACUGAACACAAAUAUAAGUGUUUUAGAGCAAUAAUACAUAGUGAUGAUAUCAUCCGUGAAAGUGCAGUUUUUGUGUGAAAAACGCAAACAUUAACGUUGGCCAGUGUUUGUGACUAAUUGGCUUCUAAGAAAGACUCGGACAUACCCCAUUUUGAAUAGCCUAGGUUGUCUAAAUUUACAAAUAGUAUGCCAUGAUGGGGGUGAUUUUCAUUGCUGGGCUGCCAUAAAGUCUCUGCAACAUAUGCCCCGCAAACCAAUCUGGCAAAUUUCAUUGUGUAAAAACUGAAAUGGGCAAGUCCUAUAUUUGAUACUGUAAUGUUCCAAAACACCAUAAAACCAUUUUUGAGGGGAAUUAUUGUACUGGUGGGACGUCACAGAAUACAAAUAUGUGUAUUUUAUUGCAGUUAAAGCUAACAAUAUAACGCCAUUUAAAGUUAAAAUGCCAUGCAAAAGUUGAGAAAUAAGGGCUAGGGCUACCCCUACCCAACUUAUACAUAUUCUAGGAAUCGGCCAAUAUUGAUUUUUUUAGAGCCGAUAUCGAUAAUCGGAGAACUUUCAGGCCGAUAGCCGAUAACUUGCCGAUAUUCGGUAUAUUUACCAUUUUGAAAAAAUAAACUAAUUCUAAAGGUAAAUGCACAACAUAUACAUGCCACAUGUAGUGGAUGCAGUGUGUUUAGACAGAGGAGCUGUGUGUGUUUUUGUAGUGUGUGUAGUGGAUGCAGUGUGUAUUUGUGUAGUGUGUGCAUAUAAUGAAUGCAAAGUGUGUUUGUGUAGUGUAUAUAUAGUGAAUGCAGUGUGUGUAUAGUGAAUGCAGUGAGUGUUUGUCUAAUGUGUGCAUAUAUAGUGAAUGCAGAGUGUGUGUUUGUGUAGUGUGUAUAUAUAGUGAAUUCAGUGAGUGUUUGUGUAGUGUGUAUAUAUAGUGAAUGCAGAGUGUGUUUGUGUAGUGUGUAUAGUGAAUGCAGUGAGUAUUUGGGUAGUGUAUAUAGUGAAUGCAGAGUGUGUGUGUGUUUGUGUAGUGUGUAUAGUGAAUGCAGAGUGUGUGUGUGUGUGCGUAUAGUGAAUGCAGUGAGUGUUUGUGUAGUGUGUGUGUAUAUAUAGUGAAUGCAGUGUGUGUGUUUGUGUAGUGUGUAUAUAUAGUGAAUGCAGAGUGUGUUUGUGUAGUGUGUAUAGUGAAUGCAGUGAGUAUUUGUGUAAUGUGUGUAUAGUGAUUGCAGAGAGUUUUUGUAGUGUGGGUAAAGUGAAUGCAGUGUGUUUGUGUAUAUAAUGCAGUGUGUGUUGUGUGUGUUUUGUGUAGAGAUGUAAAUUGUGUAAAAUGGGGCAGGGGGGAAUUUUUUUUAUUUAAUAUUUAAUCUUUUUAAAAAAAUGUAUUCCACGGUGCCUUGUUAAGUACUGUGGGGCCCGGCAGCAAGCUGUUACUUACCUUCCCAGCAGGUCCCUGUGUAAAUCUCGCAGCCUGCGUGCCGUGCGUAGCGUUGCCAUGGAUUUACACAGGGAGCUGAAGGGAGCUGCUGGGAGGUAAGCAACAGCUUGCUCCUGGGUCCCCCAGGACCGCCGGGCUUGUAAUGGGCCCGGCGGUCCUAGGAGAUAUUAUCGGCAAUAUCGGUAUCUUUGUUGGCCGAUACCGAUAUUGCCAAAAAUACCGAAUAUCGGCUGAUAAUAUCGGUAAAACCGAUAAUUGGUCGAUCCCUAACAUAUACUACCUCUCGGCACAGUUAGCUCAAGUAAUAGAAUGGCACUCACCCCCGACACACGCUGAUGGGUGGAUCUAGAAUCCUUGAUAAUGAGGUUGGACCUCCCACAAUAUUGGGUAUGGGUACCAAAACCAGAUAGGCCCACACUCCGCACAGACUGCCCAGCAAUCUUAAACUCUGUUAAGAUAUGGGAUGCCAAUGCAAAAAAGUACUCGCUAACUAGAACACCUUCACCCCUUACACCGUAAGCAUUCGAACCCGGCAUGAGGGCACGGUACUUUAAAGGGCUAGAAUACGCAGGGCUCCAACGGUACAAUCAAAUGUACGACAAGGACACUUUUAGGACCUUUGAAGACCUUAAACAGGACGCACCACUAAAUACGAGGGACCACUUCAGAUAUAUCCAAUUACGAGACUUUGCUAGAAACCACAGCAUACGAGAGGCAGCUAGGGCACCACUCACAUUCUACGAAAAACUAUGCAUGACAGAGACCGAAUGCAAGGGAUUGAUAACCUCACUAUAUGCUCAGCUUAGCGCUCCAGGGAGAGACAAAGAACCACUCACAUACAUUACCCAGUGAGAAACAGAUUUACAAACAUUAGAAGGAAAGGACUGGCAGGAUAUAUAAGAGGCAGCAGCCAAGGUAUCCAUGUGUGUAACACUCCAGGAGCAGGCGUACAAAACCCUCCUGAGGUGGUACACCACCCCGGUAAAACUUCAUAGAAUGGGCAAAACUCCCACAGACACAUGCUGGAGGGGAUGCUCCACAUGUGGUGGACGUGUCCCAAGAUAGAGAGCUACUGGGAAGAGAUAGAAAAACUAAUGAUGGAAGUUCUAGAGAGACCAAUACAUAGGGACCCGUGGACAUAUCUCUUAGCCAAACCGCUAGAUGACCUCACGACACGAGAACAGAAAUUAGUGAACAAAAUGACACUAGCGGCCAGACGGGCUGUAGCCCAACAAUGGCUCAGCUCAGAUAUCCCCCCUGCACAAAGUGAUAAACAAAAUAAAGGACAACUUCCUAAUGGACAAACUGACAGCGCAGCUGCGGAAUACCACAGCCUCUUUUGUUAAGGUGUGGCAACCAUGGGAAGACUUCCUGGACAAAACUAGACGUAACCCGUGAACCCACACACGGGGACCUGAGUGGAACACACGAACCUCCGCACGGGGCCAGCGCUCCUGGCGCUUCCCUCCCCCUCCCGCACCCCAUUCCUUUCUUCUCUACAUUGGAGAGCCUGCACUUAGCUUUACAUUGAGUUUCCAAACUAUAUCUUAAUUGAACCUCUACAUCCAAUAAUCAACGUUCAUCAAAACACAAGAUGUCAAACUUUAUUUAAAUCUCGUGAUCUCUUCUCUUUCUAGUCAUGGGAUGAAGAUGUUGCUCGAUUUCGGCGCAUGUUCAGACAUCCUCCUCAUACAGAACUGUUGGUAGUUGUUGGCAAUCAUGACAUUGGAUUUCAUUAUGAGUAAGUUAAUAGUUUAUUAACAAUUAUUUUCUUAAUCUUUCUGGUAGUAUGUCGUUGUUACUGUUUAUUUACACUGUUAAAACUCUUGGAAACUAUUGACACUAUUUUAGGUGUUUUGCCUUAUUGUGAAUGUUUUAUGUGCUCUGCUGACCUAAGACCAUGUAAACUCAAUGUUUCCAUGAAAAAUAUACUCAACUUAAAUUUUAUAUACAAUGAUCAGCCACACUAUUAAAACCACCCACCCAAUAUUGUGUAGGUCCCCCUCAUGCUGCCAACACAGCUCUGUUCUGUCGAGGCAUGGGCUCCACAAGACUUCUGAAUGUGUUCUGUUGUCCUGUGGUAUCUGGCACCAAGAUGGGGCUGUCAUGGAUUGGAAUUGGCCCUUGCCAUUGUCACUCAAAGAUCUUUUCUCUUGCCGAUUUUUUUAAAAAUGUUUUGUUUCCAACACAUGAAAUUCAAGAACUGACUGUUCACUUGCUGAGUAAUAUAUACCAGCCGUUGACAGGUACCAUUGUAACGAUAUAAUCAAUGUUAUUUGCUUCACCUUCAGUGGUUUUAAUGCUGUGGCUGAUCCAUGCACUAUCUGUACUCUAGUUCCUCUGAACACCUGGGUUACUGUUAUUACUUCACAGAAUGACACAUGAUAAAUUGAACAGAUUUGAAAAGACUUUCAAUCUCACGUCUGGGAAAGUAGUGACUCGAAAAGGGAUCAAGUAAGUAGACUAUUUUAGUUUGUACUGUUUCUCCUAUCAGUGUGUGGGUCAUAUCAUACAGGUCAUUUACAUUUUAUAACCAGUGAUAAUUAUUACUAAAAUGCAAAAGUGCAAUUGGAUAUCUCAUGGUAUAGCUAUAAAAAUCACUAUUUUCACAACUGCUGAUCAAGGAGAUUGCAAAUACUGGAGGUCUGUUUAAAUAACAGAUGCAACUCGUGCUAAAUUUAGUGUAGUGUUUGCAACUUAUAAAAUACUCCAAUCGGUGUAUUUUCAGUGCUCAACACACUUAAUACAACCCGUAUACAUAAACAGGUGCACAACGUAUUUCAGUAACAUCCUGUAAAUAACAGAUUUAAAAAAAAAAAAACAACACACAUUUUACUUACAUUAGUAAUCUUUCUCAGUAAUUCUCUUCCACAAUCGAUUAAUAUAUCGUACAUGACACAGCGGAGCCAUAAAUAUAAUCUAAACCAGUGGUAGUCAACCUUUUUCUACCUACCGCCCACUAAUGCAUCUUUCUUGAUGGAAAAAUUUCCUUACCGCCCACCAGUUUUCGCGCAAGCGCGGAAUAUUUUUUAGAAAGGAGGUUGUUUUAAAAAAAAUAAAUAAAUGUACGUACAUUUAUCUUUUUAUUUCUACUUUAUGCAUGUUUAUAAUGUUUUUAACUUUAUAAAGUUUAAUUAGAAAACAAUAAAGUAAAUUGAAAUUAGCUUUACUAGUGAGAUCCUUGAGGCUGAUGCUGCGAGACUAAAUAUUUGAUAUCUGGUUCGAUUUUCGUAAGGAACAAACGAAGGUCUCCUCUUUCGGUGAUAUUCAGACGGUUUCUCUGUUUGCUCAUAAUAUGAUUAACAGCACUAAAGCCUGAUUCUACAAGAUAUGUGGUAGGGAAAGGUAUCAAUAAAUUGAACAUCAUUUUCCACAUAUUUGGAUAUAACGCAGGCAUUUUUUUAUUUUGCCAGAGUUUUUGGUAUCCACCACUGCCAAAAUUACAUUUACUCUCUUCGUCAUAUUUAAGUUCUAAUAGUUCUUCUUGGCAAGUUAUAUCAACUUCAGCAACAUUUGCUGUAAAAGGAUUUAUCAUCCAGUCAUGCACCUUUAAGUUCAAAAUAUCUUGAAAUCGUUUUUCCAUAUCCAAUUUGAGUUCCUUGAGGUGACUACUGAACCUUUCAAUAUCCCCCGGACUUACAUCAUUGUUUAUAGAGGACAAUUCAGGAAACUGAUGAAAUUCUCUCUUGAAAAUAUUAUGACGGAGAAGAUCAAGCUUUUCGAUAAAUAAUGACACAAUAUUUUUGCAACUUAUAAGAGUUAUAUUGGCUCCUUGAAGCUGCAAAUUAAUGUCAUUAAAUCUCUUGAAAAUGUCUGCCAAAUAAAAGGCAUCAUUCUUUACGUUUUUUAACUGUUCAUAGAGACCAGUCUCAUUAUCACUUUCAAAAAACUGUACGACACUAUCAAAUAAUGCAACAAAACGAGUCAAGCAUGUACCCUUUGAGAGCCAUCGAACUUCUGUAUGUAAAAGUAACCUAAUAAACUGCUCGUUAUUGUCCUGGCACAGCUGUCGAAACAUUCUAUCACACUUGGCAUUAGAUUUUAUCUUAUUUACAGCUUUAAUUAUAAUACUUAAUGAUGAAUGGAGACUUGUACUUAAAUGUUUUCCUACAAUAUGUUGUCUGUGUACAACACAAUGAAUACACAAAACGCUUGGCACUUCUUCCUUCAAGUAAGCAACAAACCCACGAUAGCGGCCUACCAUUGAUGGUGCUCCGUCAGUAGCACAUGCAACAAUAUUGUUCAAGGGUAUAUUGUUUUUUGCAAAGUAUGAUUUCACAGCAUUAAAUAUUGAUAAUCCUUUUGUAUCUGUAAUCAGAUUGACAGUGAAUAGCAUUUCUUCUUGCAAUGUAUUGUUUUCAUCAAGGUACCGUACAUAUGUCAUCAGUAGAGCAUUAUUAUCUGCAAUGACAGACUCAUCCAAUUGUAUAGAAAAUGACGAAUUUUGGAGAAUACCUAUAAGUUUAUUUUCAACAUUAGCCGCCAUUUCAUCAAUGCGUCUCUUUACUGUGUUAUCGCUAAGGGGCAAUGUUUUUAAAACUUCAGGUAUAUCCUGAUGCAUUACUGUUGAGAUAAAUUCUUUGAUAGAGGGUAUUAUCAAAGUUUCUCCAAUAUUAUGGCUUUUACCACUUUUUGCAAUUAAGUGUGAUAUACGAUAAGCUGCAGUUAAUCCAUCCUCAUUCUUUGCAUGUUGUUUUUGAAAGGAUGUAGCUAUUGUUGAACGAUUUUGAAAUCUUUUAUAGAUUUCUUGAAAAUAUUCAAUGGGCUUAUCUUUAUCUUGCGAAUGCUUUGUAGUAAGAUGUUCUCGCAAUCGACUUGGCUUCAUUGCUUCAUUAGAUAAUGUCUUGUGGCACAGUAAACACAUUGGAAGCUGUUUAUUUGUAACAGAUUCAAUGAAACCCAUCUUCAGAUACUCUGGUAAAUAGCCACGAGCGUAUUUCUUUUUUUCAGACAUGGGUUCUAAAUUUGUUUCACAAUUUAACAACUACUUUUACUCUUACGUUUUGAUCUGCACUCCACACAGUGCUUUUUUCCCUCCUCUUUUCCCUUUUAUUACUAACACCAAAAACAAUGCUGUAUUAGGUGCCAAUUUUUAUUAAUGUCACCAUCAAAAGAAAUUCCUUUUCCUGCCUGCUUCUUUACCUUCCUUAUAGUAUAUCACUAUAUUAAGGAUCUCUUUUUCCUUUUUUUUAUUUUCUCCUUCCCUUACUUAUUUUUUUCUUUUAUUUUAUAAGAUAACAAAACUUAAUUUAUGAGCCAGACUAAACACUGCUUACUCUCCUCCUUUAUUUUAUCCCCUUUUUUCUAUUUUUCUUCCUUUUUUAAUUUUUUUUAUCUUUUCCUUUUUAUCUCCUUUCUUUUACCUUCCUGAGCGACAAAAGUAAGGCUGAGCUAGUUAGCCCACUUAUUAUUAUUAGCCAACAAUUCUCUUUCUCUCUUUGCCCUUAACUUUUCUUUUUCAACUCCUCUGCUCCGUUUCAGCCUGCUUCUGCCUGUCCCUGCUAUCAGUUUCCACUCCUCCCCUAAACAAUUCUCUUUCUCCUGCCUAUAACUUUUCUUUUUCAACUCCUCUGCUCUGUUUCAGCCUGCUUCUGCCUGUCCCUGCUAUCAGUUUCCACUCCUCCCCUAAACAAUUCUCUUUCUCCUGCCUAUAACUUUUCUUUUUCAACUCCUCUGCUCUGUUUCAGCCUGCUUCUGCCUGUCCCUGCUAUCAGUUUCCACUCCUCCCCUAAACAAUUCUCUUUCUCCUGCCUAUAACUUUUCUUUUUCAACUCCUCUGCUCCGUUUCAGCCUGCUUCUGCCUGUCCCUGCUAUCAGUUUCCUCUCCUCCCCUAAACAAUUCUCUUUCUCCUGCCUAUAACUUUUCUUUUUCAACUCCUCUGCUCUGUUUCAGCCUGCUUCUGCCUGUCCCUGCUAUCAGUUUCCACUCCUCCCCUAAACAAUUCUCUUUCUCCUGCCUAUAACUUUUCUUUUUCAACUCCUCUGCUCUGUUUCAGCCUGCUUCUGCCUGUCCCUGCUAUCAGUUUCCACUCCUCCCCUAAACAAUUCUCUUUCUCCUGCCUAUAACUUUUCUUUUUCAACUCCUCUGCUCCGUUUCAGCCUGCUUCUGCCUGUCCCUGCUAUCAGUUUCAACUCCUCCCCUUCCUCUUCCCACGUGUUUGCGUGCGCUCGCUCCCGCCCGACAACUUCUCACACAAAAGGAGGUCGACUGAUGUGUGCGCUCGCGCCCGCCUGCACCGCCCGCCCACUCGCUCGCGUUGGUUUCUUGAUGUGUGCGCUCGCUCGCGCGCCCGCUCGCUCGCGCGCCCGCCCUCUCGCGCGCUCGCUCAAAAGGAGGUUUUAACCUCCAAAGUCCCUACCGCCCACCUGGAAUCCCAAAACGCCCACUAGUGGGCGGUAGGGACCAGGUUGACGACCCAUGAUCUAAACUGUAUAAAAUAAGUGAAAUGGACACUCCGGGCACCAGAACAAUAAAAAAAAUAUAAGUCGCAUAAUAAAUUCACACUUUGUGCUACAUGGUAAGAACUGGAUACUCUAAUAUUACUGCACAUCAGGUGGGAAUAUAUGGCUUUAUUCUUGAAAGUGUAAGUUUUAUGCCAAUGUAUCUAUUGGGGAAAAAAAUUUAAAAGUUAGAACAUGACUAUUUUGUCUUAAAUUAAUAUUGCCUGUUUUAUCAGUGUAAGAAACAAAGUUACAUUAUUACAUUGAUCAUCAAAUGCUAGUACAAAUUCAGUCAAUUAUAUCAAAAACUUCAUUAGACCUUCUUUAAACAGUAAGGCCUAAUUGUCUUUCUUCUCAAGCAUUCUGUUUAGUGCAUGGUCCUCUCACAUUCAGGCAUUGUUUGACUUGUGUAGCAUGAUCGCUAUAUUGUACCAUCAAUUAGUGGGUAAUAAUAUCUAUUACUAUUCAGCUUCCGAUUUGGUUCAUUCCGAGAGCAUGUGCGCUGAAAAGCACUUUAAGUCCCACUGGGAGAAAGGCGCUAUAUAAAUACUAGUUAUUAUUAUUCUAUGCUCGGAUAGCAACACAUUUUAAUUUUAAAUGUUUUAAUGCGAUUUUUUUUUUUUAUUGUUUCUUUCAGUUUUGUCCUGGUCAAUAGUGUUGCUCUGGAAGGUGAUAACUGUGCAAUUUGUAGAACUGCAGAACGUCAAAUUAUUGAGGCCUCUCUCAAGCUGAACUGUUCCAGAAUGGUAUAUAAUCAAAAAAUGUUUUAUAUGUUAAUAGCUCAUAUCUGCCUUUACAGCGAUGUUGUCCAAACUCGUUUUUGUAGUCAUCCACAUGUUUGCAGUUAAUGGAGGUCUGAGAAAUAACAAUUUUGGAAGUGGAGUUGCAUUUAUAGAUCAGCCAAUGCCCAUUAUGCCCUAAAAAUGUCUGUAAAUACCGUAUAUUGACUAAGCGAUUUGAUAAAAUAUUUAAAUUUUUGUUGGUAAGUGUAUUUCAUAACUUUAUGUGACAACAAAUGGUGCAUUGAUGGUAUACACGAGGCCCUCUGGCAGAAGGGUUUUAUGGAGGUGUGUUACAUGCACAUCCACCAUGCAGAAAGCUAUAGCUAUACAAAAUAUGUUGAUCCAGUAAAGAAGAAAACCAUUCAUGUUCCUGUACUAUAACUGAAUGAACAGUUAAUAAUUCAUUGCAUUGUUCCCUCCCAAUAAAUCAUGACACAUUUUCUUCAUAUGUAAAGGAUUACUCUAAUGAAAAUACAGAGCUUGUUUUGGAUAGAGUAUCUGUUUCUGAGGUGGUCUACCUUACCUCCACAAAUAUUAAUAAAUAAAACAAUAAAACUUACCUCUGUUCCAUUGCCUCGGCUCACGUCAACAUGAUCCUCCUUGGCUGACAUCACUCUCCCUCACUGGAGUUUGAGCGAGGUCACUGAGAACAAGGGCUGCACAGAUAGGUGUGGGAGGGGCUCUGUUGCCUUUGACUGUCUGGCGUCAGACAUCAAUUUUGCACAUAAUUGACAUUUGCCAGUCAACUUCUGGAAUGACUAAUGAUGCAAACGGAGGUGGGUUAUACCUCUGGCAGCUAAGGGAUUAAUCUUUGAAAGUGCCGCAUUUCGUAGAGUACUCUGAACAUACAGACUGCAGGCACCACAACCACAUUAACUGAAGUGGUUAUGGUGUUUGCAGAAGCCCUUGAAUAAAUGAUUCCACUUUGCAUUCCUUCCUUCAUAAUUGAAACUUAUUUGUGCCUCUUUGUGAGUCACAAGUCUCCUUUCAAAGAUAUGUUUACAGCUCUGAUGCUCUUAAAGUAAGAAAAUGGCAGAGUGAAAUGUUAUUUGGAGCUCAAGAGAAGACCGUGAGGCCAUCCAUCAGCACAUGCAAGAAGUACUAAGUUUUUGUCCGUUCUCAGAGUUCUCAUAUUCUUUUUUUUUUUGUUUCACUAAUUUGGCUUUCCCCAAGUUAAAAGGGUAAAAGGGUUAAAAGACAUGGACACUGUGCUCACUGUGCCUAGAGGGAUAUCAGCUACACUUCGCUGACGAUGCACAAAGAAGGCCAAAGCGAUCAUCCUGGGUUGCUGCAUCUCUCGUGCAAAGAGAGCUUGCCUGUAUUUCAGUUCUGGGUUGCCCUUAUGGGUGGGAUCAGUUGGAUAAGCCUUAAAACUGGUGCUCUGUAGUGGCACAAGUGAGCAAAAACUAGUUUGACAUAUUUUGAGCUGUGAUUUACCGAAGGGCAAGCUACAGAGUUCCUCUAAGCUGUUCUCAAAGUUCUCAUAUUCUUUGUUUUUGUUGCACUAAGAAAUACAAAGAAGUUAAUUUAAUCACUCAGCAGGUACGUGUCUAUAUAGCAGAUAUUAGAGGAUUCCAGAUAAGUAUGAAAUGCAGGACGGUAGCGGGUAUGGAGGCCGAUUUUUAAGGUGGGAAGUGGACAUAAUAUUGAUUGCCUUAUGAUAGGAGAAGUAAAUGAGGAUUUGCAUUUUGUCAGGCCCAGGUUAACCCUGAUCAUUGAUACAGUGGGGAUGUCAGAAAAAUGGGUGGAUCCCAAGACAAUAUAACGUGCUUCUCAAUAACAAUAUAGUACCCUAAAAUGAAACUUGAAUGGACACUCCAGACUCCUAAAUCACUUUAGCUUGCUGAAAUACUUUGUGUGACGAGUGUGUCCUAUACUUUAGUCUUACAAAAAGUGCAGAUUUCAAUAGAAAUUGUCACUUUUAUAAAUUGUUUGUUAGACCCGCAUGGCUGUCAAUCAGACAACCGGUCCUGGUUUUCCUGGUUUGUUUAACUCAGUGGAGCUAAUAUCUAGAGGCAGCAAUUGUCCAGAGCACCUGCCUUGUAAAGACUUCUCAAUGAGCAGCAUUAGGAAGUCUGUGAUUGGACAGCCACAGAAAGUGUGGGCGGGGUUAGAAGUGGAGGGCUUGCAAAGGCUUCAGACAAGAGAUCUACAGUUUUUGCUAGAAAAAAAAAAUCCAGAAAAACACGUCAAAAAGGUUAUUUACAAGGAUAUCACUUUUUAGUAGAUGUUUAUCCUUGUAAAUUUGUGGAGGAGCAGAUAGGCCAACAGCUUUCAGGAAGGAAUCCGCUUCGGACAAUGCAGUCAACCAGUAAUGCUCGGGGAGUUCCCCACUUGUGUGGGAUUGUAGCAACUUGUAGCUCUUUAGUUACCAUCUUUAGGGAUGUAAGCCAUUAUGAUGUGGGGCGACAGAGGUUAAAAAUAAAUAUUGGGAGUGUUGAUCAAAAAUAAAAUAUUUACAGUUCAUUUGAAGAGAUUUGUUUCUAUAUUUUUACAACACUAAAAAGACCUGUAUGUUAUAUAUAUAUAUAUAUAUAUAUAUAUAUAUAUAUAUAUAUAUAUAUAUAUAUAUAUAUAUAUAUAUAUAUAUAUAUAUAUAUAUAUAUGUUAUUUUUAUAUGCAUCAUUUUCUUACAGGUUAACCACAGAAAAUAUUUUUAAUAUGUAUGUACAUGUAAUUUUAGUUCUGUUUACACAGAGCAAGCAGAUUGAUUUGUAAGGCUGAUGGUGUGAAUUAUUGAACAAUAAGUAAACCAUUCAAUUUUGUUCCUGGCAGAGAGGAGAACCGCCUUUAUUGCAGAACUGCAGAGGUGUCGAACCGCUUUCUCCAUCAGCGCCGAUCCUUUUACAGGUUAGAAUCCCAACACUACAAAUACCUGGGUUGUAAAGAGACCUUGCCAUCCGUGACAAUGUAUAUCUGUAGGUCCUAUUAAUAGGAACUGAUAUAUCAUGCAUCAGGCAACUAAUUAACUGUUUACUAUAGCAGCACUGUACUUUCCUUGUUGUAAUGAAUUAGUCAAAUAGUCUGUGGACCUGAAGUAAUCAGCAGGUCCAUCUAACCACGGUGGAACCCCAAGGUCCACGGUGCUCCAUAGUGAUUGGAAGGAAAGUAACAACUGGAUCAGUUUGAGCAUUGCAUGAGUUGUGAAUUUAUACUCUUUUUAUGUGAGAUUGUACCUUACUGGCCUUUGCAACUGCUGUAUCCAUUGUAUCAAGGGUGCUUAUUUGAAACAUAGAAACAUAGAAACAUAGAAUGUGACGGCAGAUAAGAACCAUUCGGCCCAUCUAGUCUGCCCAAUUUUCUAAAAACUUUCAUUAGUCCCUAGCCUUAUCUUAUAGUUAGGAUAGCCUUAUGCCUAUCCCAUGCAUGCUUAAACUCCUUUACUGUGUUAACCUCUACCACUUCAGCUGGAAGGCUAUUCCAUGCAUCCACUACCCUCUCAGUAAAGUAAUACUUCCUGAUAUUAUUUUUAAACCUUUGUCCCUCUAAUUUAAGACUAUGUCCUCUUGUUGUGGUAGUUUUUCUUCUUUUAAAUAUAGUCUCCUCCUUUACUGUGUUGAUUCCCUUUAUAUAUUUAAAUGUUUCUAUCAUAUCCCCCCUGUCUCGUCUUUCCUCCAAGCUAUACAUGUUAAGAUCCUUUAACCUUUCCUGGUAAGUUUUAUCCCGCAAUCCAUGAACCAGUUUAGUAGCCCUUCUCUGAACCCUCUCUAAGGUAUCAAUAUCCUUCUGAAGAUACGGUCUCCAGUACUGUGUACAAUACUCCAAGUGAGGUCUCACCAGUGUUCUGUACAAUGGCAUGAGCACUUCCCUCUUUCUACUGCUAAUACCUCUCCCUAUACAACCAAGCAUUCUGCUAGCAUUUCCUGCUGCUCUAUUACAUUGUCUGCCUACCUUUAAGUCAUCAGAAAUAAUCACCCCUAAAUCCCUUUCCUCAUAUGUUGAGGUUAGAACUCUAUCAAAUAUUCUGUACUCUGCCCUUGGGUUUUUACGUCCAAGAUGCAUUAUCUUUUUUUGCUAGAAAAAAAAAUUUGAAGACUGCCAUUUUGAAAGAAUUGGGAUUUCCACCAGAGAGUGAACGAUUAUGGACAACCAGGAUAGAAUAGAGGGAAAGAGGGGCUUUAAAGAAAGGCUAGGAUGCAGAAGUGGUGUUGGGCGGAACUGCUUUAUGGUGAGAAGAACAACAUGAGAUGUGAUAUCUUUUUAUAGUGCUGUGGCUUCACACUCAUAUUCCCAUAUUAUCUUUACUUUGUACAUAAUUAGUCACAGUUUGCCAUUUUCACACACUAAUAAACUGAGCUUUGUGGAGCUUGCUGCAAGGUGCAAUGAAUAGUACUUUGUGAAAAAUAAUGUAAUUUAGAGGGUCUGAGUAAUAUCUUCAGGAGACUCCUAACAAUAUUUGCAACAUUACCCUGCCCCUCAAUACUUUUGGGACAUUUAAAGGUUUUCUUAUCUGGUGGAGUAGAAGAUUUCCACUUCUGUGCUCUUAUAGACUGUGUAUGCCAAAAUUAGACUUUCACUAAAUCGGAGGCACGCAAGGCAAUUGGGAAGGUGUUCUUUUGCCAUCUGCUAUACCAGGAAAAAAAACUGUAACUCUAUAUUUUAAUUUUUUUUCACUUUAUAUUAUUGCAGUGCAGUGCAGUGGGACACAUGAAAAAACGUGCACAAUUUUAUAAUUAAGAACUUGUCAGGAUUUCACAUCCUAGCUAUAUGUAAGCAUGCUAGUAGAUAAGGUGGUAAGUUACCUAGACACGUAACUCGGCAGGAACAUGUUAUAAGCAAGCACUAGUCAGGUUUUCACAUCUCAGCUAUAUAUAAUAUGCUAGUGGGUAAAGUGACAGGCUAGCUAGGCUUGUAAAUCAACAUGAAUAUUCCGAGCUAGGUAACAUGUAAAAACGAAGUAGCUGUAAUGCCACAAGGCUUCCCACUCCUCCUAAAGCGUCAUGCACACAGUCCUUUUUCCCUGCUAUAGGGAUGUUUUGUUCACUCAGGAGAAUCAGGUGUUCAUCUUAUGCCGCAUGUAGGUUUCCUCUGUUGGAAAAUCCAUGUGUUCAGUAUGGCUGCUUGUGUGUGGUGAGCCAAAGCCUGAUCCCAGCCCCAGGCCAGUGUUUGGGCCUGCAUCACAAAGCCACUGACUAAGGGGCUCAAUAAGUCCAAGUCUACCCCGUUAUGGGGAAUGCAGACGACCUUGUUGGAUAAUCAGCGCCGGUGGCGGACGAUCUUCCGCUUACAUGAGAGAUGCUUUAGGGUUGGUCCCCUGAUGUCCCUCGGCCCAGGUGGGCACUUCGUAGGUGCAACUGGAGCUUGCAGAGUAGCUGUGCCCGGAGUGGCUCUGGACUCCCCUUGUCUUCCACCCCCACAUACCGCUUAGUUGGUCAGAUUUGGAGCGUGUCUCGCAGCCAAGGUGUCCCAGACUCGUCGGAAGAUUUAAUCUAAUUUCUGCAGGGACUGUUCUACAGCAUCAUUGUAGAAUAUCCAAGGAUAUAAUCUUUCAAUGUAGGGUAAUAACUGUUUGAUCCAAGGAUAAAUCUGACUGCCAUUCUGGGGUCAAGAAGGAAUUUUUUCCCUAGCGUGUUGCAAAAUUGUGCUUCAAACUGUGUUUUUUUGCCUUCUUUUGGAUCAACAGCAAAAAACAUAUGUGAGGAAGGCUGAACUUGAUGGACGAAAGUCUCUUUUCAGCUAUGUAACUAUAUGGUGUGACUGUACAUGCUGCGUGGGAGACUUACAGGAACAUGGCGCGUCCACCAUUUUGGUCAGGGUUUCUGUGUUUGUAGAGCGGGCUCUGUGUGGCUGCAGGUUGCUGCUUGGGUGAGUAUAGGCUGGUGGGGCCCGCGAUGACCCCCGCCGGUUCAGGGGAGGGUGGGGGAGUAACGGAGUAGCUUUUGUCCACAGAUAGGAAGCCUCUGCUCGCAGUUCGGGAGAUUGGCCGCCUCCCCCGACUUCCGAGUGUGCAAGGCCUCACCUGUAUCCCAGGACUGCCCCCUCCGUGGUAUGUCUCGGAGGGCUCUGCUCUGCUGCCUGGGUCUGUGUAUGUCAAUAAAGGGCAUUUUGGCGCACCAUGAGUGGGCAGUGAGUGCUUAGUAUGCAGGAGGAACUCUCUCACAACACGGCCGUCCGCCAUGCGCCAUGGCCCCCGUAACUCUGUACUGUAUUUAUGUCAGUAGACCAGUAUAAAGCUUUACAUUAAAUUUCAAAAACAUUUUGUUUCACUUUCAGCACUAUCCCUUGUAUCGGAAAAGUGACUCUGAAUGCACAGGUGAAGAUUCAGCUUCACAAGAUGAAAAGAACAGCCUCUUUCAAGAAAGAUAUGAUGUUCUUUCCCACGAAGCAUCUGAAAAGGUUUGACACUUAACCCUUAUUAACACUCAAUGCCGUUACUUCUCAAGCCAGUUUUCAAGAUCCACCAACAUGCAGGAUUAGAGAUUUGUGAUUUGGGGUCUAAGUCUCUUAUAUUCUAGCUAAGGGGACCAAAUUUCCUUACAGGUAGGGACUUUCCCAUUUACAUUAUAAAAAUAUAUUUCCAUAUGUGCUUGAUGUGUAAUCUGAUUAAUUAUUCUAGGCCAUUCCGGAGUUUCUGGUUUCCACCAAUCUCUAGCCAUAUCUUAACCGCCAGAUAUAUACCAUGAAAUAUUUACAGUGCUUAUUCAUCUCCGGUAGAUCUAGAUGGAAAAGCCAUAUUUGUGGCUUGAAUGUAAACUCUACCUCUAAAAUGUCAGCUAAUGUUUCUUCUACUUUAACUUUAAUCUGUUGUAAUUUCUCGCAGUUCCACCAAUUGUGGUAUAUUGAACCCUGCGCCUGAAAACCUAUCCAGCAGCAAUCUGGAGUAGAUUUAUUAAACUUGCUAAUGCGUAGAGGAUCAAGAUACCCACGGUUCAUCAACUUAAGAUAUACUUCCUGUAGAUUAAUGGAGUGUACACUUUUUUUAACCAGUUCCAGAACUUCCUUCCAAUUUUCUAUUGAAUUAUAGACUUUCAUAUCCUUUUCCCAUUUCCUCACUGGUGAGGUUAAUACUGUUUCCUGAUUAUUAAUAAUUAAUUUUAAAAUCCUCUAGUUGAGUUGCAGGGGAGACACAAUAAGCCUUUAAGAUUUUUUUAUUCUAAGAUAGAGAAAGAUAUCUCUAUUUAAUAAAUUAUAUUUCGAUUGUAUAACGUCAAACGGCAAUAUUUUCCCCUCUUAUCGUAAUGUCGGCUAAGGUAUUAAUACCUACAUGAUCCCAUCUAGAUACAUCUAAAUCCAGUAUAUAAUAUUUAAGAAUUUUAAGGGAUGUAGCCUGAGUGACAUAGUCUUUAGUUCCUAAUCUGGCUCUGACCUUUGCCCCGGUCUUAACUGCGUCUUUAAGUAACAGAUUUUCUAGAUUUAAAUGUUUAAUCAUAGACGGCUUAAUCCAAAAAAGAUAUAUUGGAUUUGAGAUUCCAAUCUGAGAACUUUCACAAUGGAAUCAACCCGCUUUUUUAUUUUUCCUCAGGCCUUCACAUGUGUGAACAUGGUUACAUUGUGUAAUAGAUUCAAAUUGGGAAAGCCAACUCCCAUUUGGAUACUAUCUAUUUUAAUUAUGUUCUGCACAAUUCUGGGUUUCUUGCAUCCCCAAUUAAAGGAAUGGAAUAAUGUAUUAAAUUUUUCUAGGAUGGACCCCGGAACCCGAAGUAGAAUCAUUCUGAACAGAUAUAGUAUCUUAGGGACCAAAUAGGGUAUAACCAGAUUGAUUCUUCCUAUCCACGAGACCUCUACUUCUUCAGUUUAAUUAUUUGCUGAUUUAGGUCUUGCAAUAAAAACUCAUAAUUUUCUGGAAUAACUCGUUCUAAGUCUAAAAUUAACUUAAUGCCAAAGUAGUCUAACCAAUAUUUGCUAAAAAUAAAUUGGAAUUUACAUUGUAAGGAUUGUUUUUAAGAUGAUGUUAAAUAUCUGCUCACAAUUUGUGUCUUAGAUUCAACUUAUAAUUUGAGUAAUG